CUUGCUAGUCUGUGGAUGGCUUCCUGUGUGUGGUAGCAGCGGGGUGAGCUUUCCCGGUAUUAGCCGUGAGCCCCUCCUAUUCCCUCAGAGCUCCGUCACUAUGCUGUAGGCAGCCAGGAGUCCUCCUCGGUAAUAUUAACCCAGCCCCCCCCCCCCCUGACCCCAAUUUACACCCUGCCCCCAAUAUACACCCUGCCCCCAAUAUACACCCUGCCCCCAAUAUACAGCCCCCUGCCCCCAAUAUACACCCUGCCCCAAUAUACAGCCCCCUGCCCCAAUAUACAGCCCCUCCCACAAUAUACAGCCCCUUCCCCCAAUAUACAGCCCCCCCUCCCCAAUAUACAGCCUGCCCCAAUAUACAGCCCCCCUGCCCCCAAUAUACAGCCCACUGCAGCCCCCCAUAUCUCCUCAUACAGCUCUGUGACCCCCAGAAACUGCCCCCAGGAACCCCAGCUAAAUCUGUGACCCCCAGGAACCCCACCAACACAACAAUACCCACAGUCCAUCUGUGACUCCCAGAAAUACUAACAAUCACUCUGUGACCCCCAGGAAAAAACACAACAAUACCCACAAUCACUCUGUGACCCCUAGAAAUACCCACAGGAACCCCAGCUAAAUCUGUGACCCCCAGAAAAAAACACAAUACUCACAGUCCCUCUGUGACACCCAGAACUGCCCACAAUCACUCUAAGACCCACAGGAACCCCAGCUAAAUCGGUGACCCCUAUAAUACGCACAAUACCCACAAUCACUCUGUGACCCCUAGAAACUACCCAGAAAUACCCGAGGUAACUCUGUGACCCCUAGAAACAACCCACACUCACUCUGUGUCCCCCUAGAACUACCCACAAUCACUCGGUGACCCCAGAAAUACCCCAGGUAACUUUGUCACACCUAAAAACAACCCACAGGAACACCAGCUAAAUCUGUGACCCCCUAUAAUCAACAAUACCCACAAUCACUCCGUGACCCCUAGAACCAACCCAUAAAUAACCCAAAUUACUCUGACCCCUAGAAACAACGCACAUUACCUUCAAUCACUCUGUGACCCCUCUGUGACACAAAAUACCCACAAUCACUUUUUGAUUCCUAUAAACAGCUUCACAAUAUCCACAAUUACUCUGUGACCCCUAUAAACACAACAUAGCCCAAAUCACACUGUGACCCCCUAUAACCCACAUGUAACACCCACAAUUACUCUUUGAGCUAUUGAAAUAGGCAUAUACAACCCAAUAACUUUGUGACCCUUUGAAAUACCCUAUAUAUACACCACCAAAUAAAUUUGUGACUCCUUUAGCCAAUCAAGUGAUAACCCACAGAUUAAUGUGACCCUAUAAGCCAACACAGAGACUCAUGGAGUACAUAUAAACAAAUUACAGAUACCUCAAAUAACUCCUCACCAACAUAAACAACUCCAAAUAUACCGGUAUCUGUGACCUCUGUAAACGUACCCAAAGAUACACUGAUUCUCCCUGUAACCCUUUCUAUAGGAGUACUGUGACACCAUAAAAUAAAAGUUAUUUGUACCCAUGUAUUUGUGGCUUAAAACCUGAAUACACCGCACAGAAGGCAAAUAUUUUACGUGCAUUCUGCCCAUUAUAUAACAAAGGCACAGAGCCUCGAAUCCCAAGCAUCUCUGGAGAUACUAUUGUCACCUUAUUGUCCAGGCUUGUUAUAGAUAGAAAGUAUACAUGUUUGUGUUCUGUUACCCAGAAUCACUCAGAAAAGCCCUUACUCUGUGACAUCCCCACUGUCAUCCUCCUGCUGCACCCCUAUAACUUUCCAUCACAUUCCUACAUAUCCCCCCUCCAUCUGUAAAUGGAACAGAAAUCAAAAGGAAAGCUGUUGGUGUCCACCAGUCUUGAUGCUAAAGAUGAACUGGAAGAGGUAAAUCAUCCAUUUUACAUUUAUUCGCAAAUUACAGAAUCUAUGUCUUUCAAACAAACAGCACCCUGCAAAAAAAAAAAGGAUUUUUUUCUUUUCUUUUGUAACAGAGCAUUUUUAUUUUAAACAUGACUGACUUUUUAACCUUUUGCAUAGCAGGGUUUUUAACACAACCAAAAUAAAGUUGCAAAUAUAAAAAAAAAAAAAAUCCUCAAACAAAAAACUAUGAAAUAGAAUAUGGUGACAGUGGCAGCAUGUCAUCUGUAACAUUCUGAUGUGAAGCAUAAAUCUUAAAAAUAACAAACAAACAAAAAAACACUAUCCUUAUUGCUUCAUAGUAAGUGUGCAGUCACGAUUAGAAAACAGUUUUAAUGUAACCCAUCAGGUCUAGCACCUCACCCUUUCUCCUGGUUGUUGCUGCAUUUUGUACAAUUUGUUGUAGUACAAUUAAACAUUUUUUGUUUGUUUUUGUUUCAGUACAUAUACUUGCUAUUCUACUGAGGAGUUGGUAUUUAGCAUAAAUUACUAACAGCGGUAGAUUUAUUUCUUUAGAAUGAACAGUUUCAUACGCAUUCCGUUCUUUUUGCAAAAUCCCAUGAUGGGGAAUUCAUAAUACACCAAUUUCCGAAGCUGAACUGUAGGUUGCUAUUCUAUUUUGCAGUGAAUGGACUGACAGCUCUGCACGUUUCCAACGACUCCUUAUUCCACAAAUGGCUCCCCUAUAGCGGCAUGUCAAUGUAAAUGACAGCUCUCUGCCAUUAUGUUUUUGUUAUCAGACAUUGCUAUCAGUCUGAGAGCUAGACUGUGACAGCUGUCACUCACAUAAUGUGUGUUCAUCGAGGGAAUCACAUACUAUUUAAAGCGUAGACCUCGCUGCUUGAUAUAAGAGCAAAUUGUAGUUUAAUUAUCUUUCACACAUCUUUAUUCUUAAAAUAUGGUUAUUUGAGUUAAUAAAAUUCGCUCUGCUUUCUCAAUUUAUUUCACAGCUAAAAAUAAAUGUCAGUCAUAAUGGCAGCAUAUACAAUAUGGGGUCUGUUGACUUAACAUUUAUAAUUUGAUAUCAGUCUCGUCAGUUUGAGACGUCAAUUAUUUUAACCUCAGUUUUAGGAGUCUGGUCUGCUCUACACAGAUCAAUAUUUAACGAACCUCUAAUGUGAACGGUCGUGCAAUGUAUGUUAGUACAGUACAAUUCUCUGUUCUGUUCUGUUGCAGCAAAUGGGUAACUAAAAAUUAAUGUGGAAGAAUUUGGGCUCUAAAAGGUGCUCUUUGCAGUUAUAUUGACAUAACUUGAUGAUGGCUAGCCAGCGUGAGUUCUUGCUUCCCGUGCAGAGAGUUUACCCAUGCAUUUCACUCUUUGACACCUCUUGUAGCCUCUAAGUCUGUGUGGAUUAUGUUUUUUCUAAAUGUCUGCACAAUGUUUUGGCCCCCAGCUGUUCAUACUUCUGUGGUAUAAUUUAAUUGAAUAAAGCCAAGCUUUAUCAGGAUGCAGUUGCCUUGGCAUUUUCUAAAGCUGACUGGGUGCUCCAGUGAGCACUUUUUGCACCUUGAGCAGCCCUUUCCAUAUCGAUCUUCAACCCUCUUAGUAUCAGCACAACAUACUAUUCGUUUUCUUUCUGAUGUCUCAAAUAUCAUACUUUUUUUUUUGCAAGGACCUAUUUUUAAAUAGUUUAUCAUACAAGUUGUUCAUUGAUUUAUUCAUAGUAUUCUUAUUUCUGUUAGCAGAGAUUAGUUUACAUUAUGUACAGUUCAUGAAACUGUUGUGCUUCCCACAGGAGUCUGAAAAGUAAAAAAAAAAAAUAUCUUUAAUGAUAACCCAUCACAUGUAAACAGCCAAGCUACUAAGGGUUGGCACUGUUAUGAUGUACUUCUGCAGAAGCUGAUCCACUUGCCGUUCAUUGGCUGACACUGUCAGGUGACCACUCUCAGCCAAUGAAUGGCACCCUGUGCAAAACAAAUAUGCACAGAAUUGACAUUAGCCAGCCCUGCACUCUAGUUCUGGGCUGGUUAAUGACGUUGCCACAGGUGGAGUUACAACUCCGGCAUGCAAGUGGUUAAACGCGGUAUGUGCAGCGUUUCAGAUAGUAAUGCAGUGCAUACAGACUGCUGGCACUAUGACCACUUCAAGCCACUGAAUUGGUCAUGGGGCUUGGAGUACCCCUUUAAAUGUGUGGUUGUAAUUAUUCUACUUAUUCAUUUUAUUAUUUUGCUUUUUUUUUUUUUUUAUCUAUAAAAUGCAUAGCAAACAAUGGAUCAAAUCCAGCCAGAAGUGUCAAUUCAAUAUGUAAAAAAAGUUAAAGGAACACUAAAGGUUCAGGAGCACAAACAUGUAUUCCUAACCCUAUAGUGUUAAACCCACCAUUUAGGUGGCUUGCCCCCUUAGAAUGAGUUAAAAUUCACCUUAUUUUAAGCUCUCCAUGGGUCUGCCGGUGCUGGCCCCUCCUCCUUGGUGACAUAAUCAGAAUAGCUGAUUUUUAGCCAAUCCAAUGCUUUCCCAAUGGAUUGGCUAAAAUCGUUAAGGGGCGGGGCCAAAUGCUGUUUUGGCCAAUCAGCACCUCCUCAUAGAGAUGCAUAGAAUCAAUGCAUCUCUAUGUGGAAAAUUCAGCAUCCCCAUUCAAAGCGUGGAGAAACUGAACGGCAAUGCUGCCUACUGUGCGGCGUUGAGCCAGGAAGCACCUCCAAUGACCAUCUAAGGAGUGGCCACUUGGAGGUGUCCCUAGGGGCAAUGUAAACACUGCCUUUUUUUGUUCUGUCUCUCACUGUUAACCCCUUAAGGACGGCGGGCGUGCUAUGCCGUCCUUGGGGACCCGGCUCUAAACGCCGGCGGGUGGCAUAGUACGUCCCCGCUGUCCUAUGCACUUACCUGCUCGCCGAUCGCGAUAGGGGAUUAGCAUUGCGAGGACCUCAUGAUCACUUGGACGGAAUAGCCGUCCAUAGCAAUGCCAGCAGGGGGAGUGCCUGGAAUGUCAGGUAGUCCCUCUGCUGCCUGUAAUAAAAUGAAAUAAAGUUUAAAAACUAGUUUUAAAAUUAAAUAUAUACUUAAAUCAUAUAUAUAUAUAUAUAUAUAUAUAUAUAUACACACACACACUCUGUCGAAGUUUAUUUUAGUGUAUAUAUAGAUAUAUAUAAAAUCAUAAUCAAAAUACACAUAGAAUGAUAUUAAUUAAAUAUAUAUUAUAAAAUAAAUAUAUAAAUACAAAUUAUUUUAAAAAAUGUACAUGUGUAAUUUCGUUCUAACUGUAUUUUGAUAUUAUAUAUUGAUAUCAAAAUACACUUAGAACAAAAUUAUAUAUAUCUAUAUGCAUAAAUAUAUGUAUAUACCUAUGUAUAUAUUUAUGUAUUAUUUGUACAUAAUUGUCAUUUUAUUCAUUACAAUUUGCGGGACCUGCCUGAUAACCCAGCAGAAAGUCCAGAGAUUCUAAUUUGCUAGCACUAUAUUUAACCCUGUAACUUUCCAAGACACCCUAAAACCUGUACAUGGUGGGUAUUGUUGUACUGUGAAGCCUUCACUGAACAAAUAUUAGGUUUCAAAACAGUAAAAUGUAUUACAAAAAUAUCAUCAGUAAAAAUGCAUUUUUUUGCAUUUUUCACACACAAACGGCAGUUACGCUGACGAUAUAAUUGUUGUGAUACGUUUUACUGUUUUAAAACACUAAUAUUUGUGUUCAGCGAAGUCUCCCAAGUAUAACAGUACCCCUCAUGUACAGGUUUUAUGGUGUUUUCAAAAGUUAGAGAGUCAAUAUAUAAGGCUUGUGUUUCAGUUUCUUCACAUAGAAAUUCUCCAGAUUGGUUACCUUGCCUUUGAGACAGUAUGGUAGCCCAGGUAUGAAAAUUACCGCCAUAAUGGCAUACCAUUUGCAAAAGUAGACAACCCAAGGUAUUAUAAAUGGGGUAUGUCCAGUCUUUUUUAGUAGCCACUUAGUCACAAACACUGGCCAAAAUUGGCGUUCAAAUUAGUUUUUUACAUUUUUUUUACACACAAACAAAUAUUAACACUAACCUUGGCAACACCAUAACUUUUGAAAACACCAUAAAACAUGUACAUGAGGGGUACUGUUAUACUCGUGAGACAUCACUCAAUAUAAAUGUGUAUUUUAUUGCAGUAAAAACUAACAGUAUUAUGACAUUCACAGUUAAAAUGUCAUGCAGAACUAACAAAAUAACAAUUUCUUAAUUUCUCACACUUUUUUAAUAUUUUAUUCAUAUUAAAUUGUUUCAUUGCUAAAUAUUUGAUGUUAAAUGAAAGCUUUAUUUCUCCUGAAAUAAAAUGAUAUAUACUAAGUGUGGGCGCACUUAUAGGACCACUAUAGGCACCCAGACCACUUCAGCUCAAUGAAGUGGUCUGGGUGCCAGGUCCCUCUAGUUUUAACCCUGCAGCUGAAAACAUAGCCGUUUCAGAGAAACUGCCAUGUUUCACUGAGGGUUAAUCCAGACUCUAGUGGCUGUUUCAAUGACAGCCACUAGAGGUGCUUCCGCGAUUCUCAUUGUGAAAAUCAGUGAGAAGACGCUGAACGUCCUUAGGAAAGCAUUGAGUAAUGCUAUCCUAUGGGCGGUUUGAAUGCGCAUUCGGAUCUGAUGUCGGCAGGAGGUGGAGAGUUCCCCAGCACAGAGGAAGCCCGGCGCUGAAGAAAGGUAAGUGGCUGAAGGGGUUUUAACCCCUUCAGCCCAGCGGGAGGGGCGCCCUAAGGGUGGUGGGGACCUAAUGACCCUAUAGAACCAGGAAAACGAGUUUGUUUUCCUGGCACUAUAGUGCUCCUUUAAUAUGAAAGAGGUGAAUUACGGUUUAACAGACAUACAGGUGAUACUCGAAAAAAUUAGAAUAUCGUGCAAAAGUUAAUUUAUUUCAGUAAUGCAACGUAAAAGGGGAAACUAAUGAGAUAGACGCAUUACAUGCAAAGCAAGAUAGUUCAAGCCAUGAUUUGUCAUAAGUGCGAUGAUUAUGGCUUACAGCUCAUGAAAACCCCAACUGUAUACUUAUCUGUAUACUCAAACUCCAAGUUUUGUUUACGUUUUAUUUUGAUUAAAAUGUGUACAUUUGGCUUAGUCCAUAAGGGGUUAAAAUACACCUACCUUAAAAAUUACAGACUGAUUAGUUGUUUGUUAGUAGACAAACGUUCAAAAUCAGCAGGGGAUCAAAUACUUUUCCCCCCACUGUAGGAUAUUAGGGAGAGAGCGUGUACAUGGGGUAAAGUUGUGAAGGAUUUGGAGAUGAGAACUAAAAAUUUCAAUUAAUUUCUCAUCGGAAGCUAAUUACAAGUAUGACAAAGGAGAGAGGCUUGAAAAGAGAAGUGGUGGGUACGGAAAAUAAUGGAUUGUGAUAGUGAUGGAUGACAGCAAGUGCAUGAAGAAACAAUGGCUGCAUCUUGAGUUGGAAAAGGCAGGUGCAAACUAUGUUUAAGAUGGAACUGUCAGGAUUUGGAAAUUGGCUGAAUGUGAUGUACGAUGCCAUGCGUGCAAUAAAACAAAAUGCUUGUGAGUUAAGGUUAGUGGUUGGACUAUUUACCUAAAUGAAAACUCACAGUGGGGGUUACUUUUAAGAGCCGAAAGAGAUGAAGUUAUGUGUUAGGAUGAUUGAGUGGUAUUGGAAUCCAAAUGCCGUGAUAUGAAUGUACGGAAAGGAAUUAUAAAGUGAAAACAGAAGGGGUUCCAGAACAGAAUUUCAAGGAACUCAACUCCACUUCUCCUGAUAGAAUCCAGGAGGCCGGUGUUAUCCCUAAUAGUUUCAGUGAUCACUAUUUAGUGUACUGCGUGCGCAAAAUAAAGGCUAUUAAAUCAUCUCCCAAGAUUAAAAUCACCAGGUCCUUCAAAAAAUGUAAUCUUGAAUCCUUUCUUAAUGACAUCAAGAACCUCCCAUGGCACAGAUUAAACAUUAUCCCAGAUCUAGACUGUGCUGUUGAAUUCUUUCAGUCUGAACUCCUAGAAAUUUGGAAUUUGCAUGCCCCGCUGCGUAAGGUGAGAGUAAAAUGAGCACAUAUGAAUUGGAUCACAGCUGACCUCAUCCAAAUGUACCAGUUUUGGGAUUCUUUGUGGUCCAAGUUCAAGCAUACUGGCUCUAUUAAUGUUCUCUGUGCAUAUAGACAAAACAAACAAAAUUGGAUAACCGAACCCUGCAAAUGCCUUUAACAAUUAUUUUUUCUGAUGCUCCACUGCCUUGAUUGCCAAGCUAAUAAAUGACACGCAUCCUGAAACUACAAAUAUAGAUCAGGCCCAACUAAAUUUGCAAAGACCCAAUAUAGACAAGUUUAAUUUUAGACCUGUACCUAUUAGUGACACAGUAGACCACGACAUUCUACUGCACAAACUCAAAACUUAGAAAAAUGUGUCCAUACACAACUAUGUGAGUAUUACCAACAAUCAAACUAUGUGACCCCCGAUCAAUCGGGCUUUUGCCAGAAUCACUCCACUUGUACAGCAAAUGCUGAAGCCAGUCAUUGAUUAUGGAGAUGUAGUAUAUGCAUCUGCACCACAAUCCCACAUUAAUAAACUCAACACAUCGUAUAACUCAUUCUGCCGAUUUGUGCUACAAUGUAAUUACAGUACUCACCAUUGUGACAUGCUAAAAGAACUAAACUGGCUGUCGCUGGAAACCAGACGCACCCUUCAUCUUUCCAGCCUUGUGUUUAAGAGCUUUUCUGGGAAACUCCCACCCUACCUGAGCAGAAUGCUCUCCUAUAACCUCCGAUCCAGUACCAGCACUUUUAGUCAGUUUGCCUCAAUUCAAAAAGAAAGCGGUCCGAUCCUCCUCCUCCUCCUACUACAGAGCGCCGCAAUUGUGGAACAACCUACUGCACACUUUAAAAUCUUCCCCAAGCCUAAAGUCCUUUAAGAGAUCCCUCUCUACAUACCUCAAAACAGAAUACACAUGUCAUGGUUGCUUAUAUAUUUGCUACCUGCUCUAUGUUAUGUUUUGUAUAUAUUGUGUAUUAAUAUUGUUUUUGUAUUUUAUUGUACCCUAAUGUAACAAUGCAAUGUUUUGUGGACCCAGGGCAUACUUGAAAACGAGAGAAAUCUCAAUGUAUCUUUCCUGGUAAAAUAUUUUAUAAAUAAAUAUAGCAGAGAGGAGGUGGAAAAACAAACAUUUAAAGUGCUAUGGGGGGCGAACGACUAGAACAAGGAAAGAACAUUGUCAGAGAGACCAAGGUUACGAAGGAUAUAAAUUAGAAACCGUUUCACAUUGUGUUUGGAACAGUAUCAAACGUGACAGAGCAGUUCAUUUUCUGUUGAUACAUUCUUUAGUUUCAGAGGCAGGUAACCUUCGACACGCCAGAUGAACUACAUCUCCCUUGAUGCUUUGCAAGUAUUAUGGCUGUAAGAGCAUUAUAGGACAAGCAGUCGACAACAUCUGGAGUGCCGAAAGUUGUCUACUGUUACUCUAGAUCAGGGUUAGGCAACCUUUGGCACACCAGAUGUUAUGGACAACAACUCCCUUGAUGCUUUGCUAGCAAUAUGGCUGCAAGAGCAUUAUGGGAGAUGUAAUCUACAACAUCUGGAGUGCCGAAGGUUGCCUCCCCCUGCUCUAGAGCAUAGGUCCAUUUUAAGUUCCAACCUAAAAUACUGUUAAAUAUCAGGACAAUUCUACUCACAGAUCAUUCCUAUAUGGAGAAUAAGAGUAUGGUUUAUUAGCGCUUUAGUGUGCGUUUCUUCACGGAAACGCCUGGCAUAAUUCUUCAGAAUCUACAUUCAGUGCUCAGAGCAAAUAGGUGGAUCUUUUAUCCCAGUGAAAUGUAAAUCACAUUUUAAUUGCAUUCGUGCAGUGCAGAAACCAGUCAGCUUUGACUCUUACUGCAUAAUUGUGUUUUUUUUUUUUUUUUUUUGUUUAAAUUUAAAUCAUUGUAGAUUUCUUUUUUCUCUGUCAAAGGAAAUCAGGCAGGCUCCUAACAUGUUUUCUCUUCUGUGAUGAUUUUCCUUUAACAGCAGAAUCAUUUUUAAUUAACUACUCAGUCUUCACCGUGUGUGCAUUUCUCAGAGAAUGUUUUUUUUGUAGUUUAGGAAAAGACAUUCAGAACACAGUUAUAUAAUUAUAUCGUUAUAGUGCAGCCAUAGAUUUGCAUAGUCGUGAAUAUAGUGUAUGAAUAUAUAGUAUUUAUGGAGGGAUGUCCCCAUAGCUUUGUGAAGCCCAGUGGUUUAUUCCUACAGGAUGUGUUUGUUGUCCUUUCACCUUAUUUUCACAUGUUAAAAAAAACCUGACACUAAUCAUUGGAGAUGACCCCAAUGCAUUGACUUUCUUUCCCCAUUUUCACUCACACAUUUUGAAGUUCUCUGGACAAGUGGGUUAUCUCCCAAUGAUUGGUCCACCUGUGCUCUAUUGAGAGUGCCUAUAGUCUACCCUUCUUCUAAGUAUAUGUUCUGGAUGGAGCUUUGCAAAGUGGAUGUGGAUUGAUUGAAGGGCUGAAAAUGGAGCAAUCACCAUGGAUACCAAUUGUAUCGGUAGAAACACUACACUCAUACCUAUGGUUACUGGUGUAAUUUUAGAACUUUGCCCCAUUUUUCUGUAACAGCCAUUUUAAAAUUAAUUUUCCCAGUGGUUUUAUUAUUCCAGUGAAUAAAUAUAGAGCUUAUUCUCUCUUGCUGCCUAGUCCAGUCCCACAUAAUGUGGGUUUAGUUAUUAAAUGUCAGUAAAGGUUCUUACCUCUGUUAUUGGCAUUAUUUUACUCUUAGAGAUUUGUCACAUCUUACGUGUAUAACUGUAAAGGACUGUUCUAGUCAUAUUGUUUAGAUGUGAGCCCUCGUUGGAUGCCCUGCAGUGACUGUAAUAUAUAGAGCAGAUCGUCAUGAAAGGAGAGGUACCCUGGGAGGAACCCCAGGUGCACAAAAAGGGAAAUAGAGAGAACAAAUUAUCUACAUCUGUCUACCCCAACUGUUCUGUUACAACACGUUAGAAAGUGUGGCUGGUCUCUGAAGAAUUAAAUAACCACGCAAGCAGACAAAUUACUGCUGUCACUGCUUUUGAAAUUGCAGCUAUUGAUGGGGCCAGACCUGUAUGAUAGUGAUUUUUUUGGGGGGGGGGUGGGAGAUGUACUGCUUUCUUUUUGCUGCCAAUCACUUUCCAAGUAGUUAAUUUAGCUAAUUUUAGCCAUAUUUAAGGAUGAACUCAAAGAGCAAACUCAUACCACAGGUAUUUGUCAGUUUCAUAGAGCUACUAUUACUGACACUCUAGGCACCAAAACAACAUUAUCUAGGGGGCGGGGCCUGACUGCCAUUGAGGGAAGACGUGCCUAACUGAAGCUCCUGACUAAUCUGUGUAAAAAAGCUAAAAAGGCAACUCCAAACCUCAUGAAACGGCACACACUGACCCCAAGCGACGACCUGGUACUCAGUCCACACGGUGAACCGGUGAUGCGGCCCAUGAAUGGACAACGGACAGCAGGCUAUACCCGCGGAGGCAUGUGGCGGGGAGCAGCGGCCGAGUUCCCAGCCUGGAGCAGCCCUAGAGCUGAUUGCCACACGCGGGUACCCCGCAACCCACCCCUAUGGACCGGUGGGGGUGAUCCCGGUCCACUACUGGGAGUCCUCCCAGCCAUGGCAGACACAGAGAAACCCAUCGUGGGCCAAGAGACUCACCAAAGAUGGCGGCGACCACGCAGCCUGUGAGCAGCCAGGUGGAACAACAAGCCCCUGUGUCCAGCUUGGAACAAAUAUUUAUAAAUUUCUGGCAGAAGCUUGAAUGCAGUCUGCGACAGGGAAUCCAGCAGAUAUCAAACUUAAGCUUCCCACCAUGCCAUUCACUGCCCGACCCACAGCGAAAAUUGGCACACCCGAAGAGACCCAAAACUGCGAGAAGGCGGCAGAGAAACAGGCAGGUACCUUACCCAUUCAGGGUGAUGAAGAGAAGAACAUCGCAGAACCUAAACACUCUAAAGCCAGCAACGAUAUCAGAGGAAGAGGCUCUACCUAGGUUGCGGCUCAUACAGUGUCCCUCCCAAGUUUAGGAACACGCAGCAGCAAGAACCCGCAAUGAAGGACUCGGCUUGGAGGGCACGCAAACAGCAAAGGCCUCUGAAACCCUCAGCAGCACAGAGGUGGGCACUGACCUGGAGCAAACCGCAGCCCUGCAUUGAGCUCAACAAGACACGGAGAGCCUUGAUUCAGGACACUGAAACGCAUGGCCCCUUACCGGUGAUUCAAAAACUGGCGCACACCAGCAGCGACAGGGACUAUGCUCUGCUGAAGCGAGGCAUAGGGUGAAUGGGGGGCUAUGGAACGGCAGCAACAGAGGGCCCUGCUGACUAUACUUUACCUGCGACCUGACUCGCUUACUAAACAAACACAGUCAGCAGUUUACAUGUCUCAAACAACUCGCCUACAAACUCACUGCAUUGUUUUGCCUGCCGCUAAGUCUGACCCACAAAGUUGGUAACCUAUGGUAUACCCUUCAUUCUGUGUCUCUCUGACUCUUCUCACCUGUCAGGCUCGCCUUGAUUUUUUACUAUAGCGAGAAUCUAAGCAGUUAUAAAUAUAGCAUAAGCAUAAAUGUUGGACCCUCACAGAAAAGCAAUGCCAUGUAUUCAAAUUAACCUUAUAGAGACCAAACUAAGUAUAAGCUUGUCUAGCUUAGCAUGUUUAAACUAAUUUACUUAUGUUAUAAAGCAAGAUAUUUUUGUUUUCCUGUAAAGAGUCAUGUAAUGUUUACACUAACUUUUUUCAUGUAUUUCUAACUUUAGAGUGUUUUACAAACUAUUAGUUAAAGAGUUUAACUUCCCUUUAGUCACCACUCCUCCCUAGGCUGAAUUCAUCAACCAAUCCCUAGGGGGAAGAACUGGGGAAUUAGGGCGCAUGCGCAGCAAUCGGCGUGCUGUUUAAAUCCACAUUUCUUCAUGGAAAGGUUCGGCAUCUACAUGCAGUGUGAAACUGUUGAAUGUCUGCCCUGCAAAUGUUGCAGGAUCCUUCAGGAAGGGCCCCUAAUGCACUGCUUGACAAAUUUGCUUGGAAUCUAGGAGCCAGCUAAAAGUUUUAGGAGCCAGUCUUCUUGUUGUUGUUGUGUGUGUUUUUUUUGUUUUUUUUUGUUUUUUUUUUAAAUCAAAGUUUAGUUUUCAACAAAAAAAUGACAUUUUUAAAUGGACAUUAUGGUUUUGCAGAACCAUUACAGCUUAACUUAGUGGUUCCGGUGUCAAUAUCCAGUCCCUGCAGACUUAUCAAUGUAAACAUUGCCUUUUCAGAGAAAAAUUGCUGCUUAGUAACACCUCCAGUGACUGUCACUCAGACGGCUACUAUAGGUAAUUCCUUGUCUAGUGCUACACACUGUGCAGCGCCUACAUUCAGCAUUUCCACACUCUGCAUGGAAGCGCUGAAUGUUCCGCAUAGAGAUGCAUUGAUUCAAUGCAUCUCUAUGAGAAGAUGCUAAUUAGCGCAUGCAGUGGCGUACACAUGACCCAUGGGGCCCCGGUGCGAAAAUUGAUCCGUGGGCCCCCCCCCCAGUGCGCGGGCCGGGCUGCAACACAUGGCGGUGGGCACCUGGUCGCAGGGGUUACAGAUGCACACACACUUUAAGGACCACUCUAGGCACCCAGACCACUUCAGCUUAAUGAAGUGGUCUGGGUGCCAGGUCCAGCUAGGGUUAACCCAUUUUUUCAUAAACAUAGCAGUUUCAGAGAAACUGCUAUGUUUAUGAAUGGGUUAAGCCUUCCCCUAUUUCCUCUAGCGGCUGUCUCAUUGACAGCCGCUAGAGGCGCUUGCGUGCUUAUCACUGUGAUUUUCACAGUGAGAGCACGCCAGCGUCCAUAGGAAAGCAUUAUGAAUGCUUUCCUAUGUGAUCGGCUGAAUGCGCGCGCAGCUCUUGCCGUGCGUGCGCAUACAGCCGACGGGGAGGAGAAGAGGAGGAUCGGAGGAGAGCUCUCCGCCCAGCGCUGGAAAAAGUUUUACCCCUUUUCCCCUUUCCAGAGCCGGGUGGGAGGGGGUCCCUGAGGGCCACUACAGACACCCAGAUUACAUCAGCUCAAUGAAGUUGUCUGGGUGUCAGGUCCCUCUAGUUUUAACCCUGCAGCUGAAAACAUAGCAGUUUCAGAGAAACUGCUAUGUUUCAUUAAGGGUUAAUCCAGCCUCUAGUGGCUGUCUCACUGACAGCCGCUAGAGGAGCACACUGAACGUCCAUAGGAAAGCAUUGAGUAAUGCUUUCCUAUGGGCGGUUUGAAAGCGUGCGCGGUCUCAUUCGGAGCUGAGAGGCUCAGGGAUCCCCAGCGCCAAGGGAGUCCGGCGCUGGAGAAAGGUAAGUGCUGAAGACACACAUACUCUCACUUACAGAAGCAUACACACUAGCUAACAGACACACACAUUUACUGACAGAGACACACUCAGCGACAGACAGACAUACACACUCACACACUCACUGACAAAACAUACACUCUCAUUGACAAACACACACUCACUAACAGACAUCAAACAGACUCAGUAAGACACUCACGCUAACUCUCACGCUAACUCUCACGCACACUCAAACACUAACACUUUUUUUUUGUUUUGUUUUUUAAAUGUAAUCCCCCCAGCCUCCUUACCUUUUGGAGUGCUGGGGGGAUUCCCUGGGGUCCAGUGGUUCUGCUGGGCUCCUGGGCGGGUGGCCGGUCGGGCAGGCGGGCGCGCGAGGGAGCACUCAGUGCUUCCUCUUCAGCUCCCUCGCGCGCCGCGUAGGGAUGCCGGCGCCGGAAGAUGACGUGCGGUGCGCGAGGGAGCUGAAGAGUAAGCACUGAGUGCUCCCUCGCGCGCCCGCCUGCCCGGUGACAGCAGGGCCAGCCUCGGGGGGCCCUGGGGUGGUCGGCUCCUGGGCCCCCCAGGGGAAGAGGCUGGCCCAAUGGCGUACAUACUGGGUCACAGGGGCGGCCGGGCCCCCUGGUGGGCCGGGCCCGGUCGCAGCCGCGACCCCUGCGACCCUGGUAUGUACGCCACUGAGCGCAUGCGCAAUAACUCCUAAUGAAUUCCUAUGGGAAAGCAUUGGUUUGGCUGAGAUCAUCAAGAUGGUAUUGUAACCUUAAGGUCUAAAUCACAGGUUUUCUCAUUGUGGACCCUUGGAAGUGUUUACAGUGAAUCAAGGUAAUCAGUAUUUGAGAUAGGACAAUCUUUCUUCAAUUUGUAUUCCUUUUAAUGUAUGGGAUUUCUCUUGUUUUCAUGGUGAAUCACUAAGUAAUGAAUAGAAAUCUGGAGGGAAACAUCUGUGUCCCUAACCUGCACUACUGAACAUGCAUUUAACGACAGCAAGGCUGUACACAGCUGACAGAGCUUAAUAAGCAGGAUAACAUAAGCACAUAUUGUGACGUCAGAAAAACAUUGUUGGUCCUUAACCGUUAAUAUCCAGAUCUCUCUGUAUCCAACCACAUCCUGCUCGUAUGACUGCCGAUUAUACCUGCAGACCUGAAAUGAAUUUGAUAAAUGAGAUUGUGUGAAGAACGUCUGUUUUCUGUGAUCUUUCCUCAGAAAAUCAUGCUCUUAUCAGUCAGUUUGCUGCAAACCUUUUGGGUACUUUACAGCUUUCUGAAGUCUUCUGGUGUCUGCCUUCCAUUCCCUGAAAGAACCAUAGUUUUAGAUUGUCACCUUAAUGCAGGGGUACCCAAAACAUAGAUACCCAAAUGUAGAACUACAAUUCCCACGAUGCUUUGUACGAUUUUAUCAUGCCUUUAGAAUGGAAGUUGUAGUUUUAAAACAUCUGGGGAUCUACCUUUUGAGCACCCCUGCCUUAGAGGGAUCUUUUCACAGAGUGGGAGAUAAUUUUAUCACUGUUUAACUAAGCAGUACCAGUGCAUGACCCGUGUCCUAGAUUGUAAACCCAUUGGAGCAUAACCGUACACGUUUUGUCAGUCAACCUUACUUUUGCCUGUCUGUUACUUGCUGUUAUGUAUCCCCAAUGUAUAAAUGUAAAGCACUCCAUACAUUUUGGCACUAUAUAAAUGCUACUAAUAAGGGUUAAAGGGACAUCUCAGAUGUAGUGGUUAUAAAGUUUGAAAUCCCCAGGUGCCAUUCUUCCAUUCAAUGUUCAGCCAUUUUGAGAGUCAUCUGUGCUGCUUGAGCUAAUGAGGUAUAAGUAUAAGACUGAGCAGUAACUGUCUAAUGUGAUUGGCCUUGAGUGUCAGCUGACUGCUUUCAGCCUAUCACAGCUCCCAUUGCUGGUAUAAAUUGGUAUGGCUACAAGGAAGCAUGCAAUCUGUGCCUUAGCCAUACCUCCUGUCGGAACUUAUCUGUGGGUGGCUCAUUCAGUGUUAAACUGCUCAACAAUGGUUUAACACUUGAUGGAGGGACAGCUCCAGGGGGCUACAGGUACUUAAAACCAAUUCAAUUAAAUUAAUUGGUCAUAAAGCCUGCACUGUCCCUUUAAGUAUCCCAUUCCUCUUUAUCUGUCUUAGGCUGAUCACUGCAAGUUUACUCUGAUUUUUGAUUAUUUUUUUAGAGUAAUUUGGGCCUUUGCUCCAUGUGCAUGGCAAUUUAUUUUUCUUUUUUCAUUCCAUUUAGCCUGCAAAUUAUUUAACCAGCAAAUUACUUUGAAGGUACAUUGUGUCUGGCGGUCUUUUCAUGCUUUCUCUCUAAUGGGUGUUUUCAGCACAGCUCUUUCAUCCCAUUAAGAUGUUAUACUGAAAAUUACUGAAGCCGAUUCUAGGUUUUUACUUUAUUUUUAUUAAAAAAAACAAACCUGGCAACCUUGUAGACCUUACUGCCUCUACUUAAUCCACUGGGCAGUUUGCAGUGGCACCCCGAGAUAAUGACAUGGGGCAGACUUUGCUACUGCAAAGCCUUUUGUCUGUGGUAGUUCACUCUAAAAUCCACUACUUAAUAAGCCUAUUAAACAGUGUGGGCCAUUUCUACAAAAGCAGAGGCCUCAUAGUGUUUAGUUCAUUUUUGUUACUGAAUGGAGCUGAAACUGAGUCGUAGCAAAUCGCUUGGUGAAAAUGAGGACAAUCAUGAAGGAGUGAAGACGAUGCAGGAGCAGUGUGAGGAUCGAGACCCCCAGAAAUGUCAGAAGGUGGAGGCUGGCAAAAGCAUGAAACUAAAUAAAUGGUCAAGAAUUAGACAAAUUUCAACCCGCCAGAUCAAAGAUAACUUACACUUGAGAUGACAAGAAGUGGCCUAUGACGUAACCCCCAGUAAAUUUGCUUGUCACAGCCACGUGCCAACAUGGAUUAAACCCAUUGUGUACUUUGGGUCACAGGGCUUUAAUGAUCAAUGCAGUGGCAUAAGUAAAACAUAUGACAGUGCAUUGUUGGAAAGCAGAUUGGAAUCCAGAAAACAGGAACCAGGAAACAGAUGGGAUAACUGGUAUGAGGGACCCUGGAAAACUAAUCCCAGAACCAGGAGCUAACCUUUGAAUCAAUCUAGUAACUGAGCCCUGUAUUGUGGAAGACAGCUUGUAAACAAGCUUGUGGACACACAACACCAUAUCGUGAAUACAAUAGAAGCAACUUGAUUAUUCUAGAACACUUCAAAUUACACAGAGAGAAUCCCGUAUGCACUGAAUGUGUGAUCACAACAGUGUUCUGUGCUGUUAUACUUUUAUUCAGAAAUCUAAUUGGUCACUUGCUGCAUAUGAACAGACAUCAUUUAAAGGGACACUAUAGUCACCAAAACCACCUUAGCUGAAUGAAGCAGUUUUUUUUUUUUUGGUGUAUAUAUCAUGCCCCUGCAGUCUCACUGCUCAAUUCUCUACCAUUUAGGAGGUAAAUCACUUUGUUUAUGCAACCCUAGUUUCCUGUAUAGAAACAUCUAAUGUUUACACUUCCUUUAUUGCAAAUUCUGUUGAAUUUAUAGUUUAUCUCCUGCUCUGUUAAUAGCUUGCUAGACCCUGCACAAGCCUCCUUUGUGUGAUUAAAGUUACAUUUAGAGAGCAGGAGAUAAAAACUUUAAAAGUAAGCUAUCUGAUUGAAAGCGAAACUAUUUUAUUUUCAUGCAGGCUGUGUCAGUUACAGACAGGGGAGGUGUCACCAGGGCUUCAUAAACAAAAUUGAUGGCAGAUAAACAAACAGUGAAAUUGCAGGAGCAUGAUCUAUACAGAACAAUUGAUUAAGCGAAUUUCAUUAAGUUAAAGCUGUUUUAGUGACUAUAGUGUCCCUUUAACUUAAAUCUAAAGGGGGGACGUCGUUGAUUUUACAUCAAACAGAUGUGUGAGCUUAUUUCACAUCGUUGAGUUUAAUAACCAGAACCUUAGAUAGAUCUGGUAGGUUUAUAGGUUUAGCAUUGAGUUCUGCUGGGUCAAUGAAGAAUGCAGAGAUCCUUUGUAGCAUCCACAAUGUAAAAGGUUAGUCUAAUGGAAAUUUUAUUAGGUAAUGAAUUAAGAAAGGUAAGAAUUUUAUUAAAUAAAAAUGUAAUCUUUUUACGUAUCCAUCUAUAUAAUACUUAGUGGGUCUGUCUGCAUCUGUAUGGAGACUCCUCUCACACCAGGAUGAGAUGCUCCAAUCAGAUGUCUCAUUUGGAGAUAUGUGGACAGAUUCUUUUUAAUAUAUAUAUAUAUAUUUAUUUUUAUCCUGGGAGUAGGGGAUGUUGUGGGAUAAAGUGCAGUCCCAAUAAUUACAUAGAAUAAUUGGAAAUGCUCUGCAAAUUGGUUGGAGCCAAACUGUAGUUGCUGUCGGUUUGCAUCACUAUUUAGGGAACUGGUCUAUGUUUCAGUAUUGGGAAAGCAUUGGACUGCACUGCAGCUUGGCGCUCUCUCUGGAGGAGAGAGGGCACCUUCCUUAUUGAGCGUACAGCAUGUACACACCAUGCAAAAUAGGGACAAAACGGACACUGGCAACAGAGAACUAAGUGAUCUGGGCUGUCUGGUUAGCAGUAACUAUUACAAAUCACUGCCACUAUAACCCACUCUCAGAAAUGACAAUGGGUGCUCUAAGCAAUAAUGCAAAAUGGGUAUAGUGUGUAACCUGGCUAUUUAACCCCUUAAGGACACAUGAUGUGUGACAUGUCAUGAUUCCCUUUUAUUCCAGAAGUUUGGUCCUUAAGGGGUUAAAGCUGAUUUCCCUUCGUGAAUACCCAUUGGUAUAAUGUAUAUAUUACUGCCUUAUCAAAGAAAUGUAUAUGUUCUUAAAGGAACACUAUAGUAUUAGGAAUACAAAACUGUAUUCCUAAUGAUAGUGUCCCUCUGCCUAAGUGCCCCCCACCUUCCCAAUGUGCAUGUCCGGGCGAAUUCCGCGUACGCAUUAAACCUUCCCCGUAAGAUAGCAUUGAAUCCAUACUUUUUUUUUAUGGGGUUUUAGUAGACGUCGUGGAUGUCCAGCGUCAUUUCACAGAGUUAAACUGUCUGGAUGUCUGUUUUACAUUGCAGGGCUAAGGGGACAGAGACACUGCACCCAGGCCACUUCAAUGAGAUGAAGUGUCUGGGUGUCUAUAGUGUCCCUUUAAACACUAAAAUGUGUUUUUAAAGGUGAAUUAUCUGAUUUGUGUAAAAAAGAGAAUUAACAUAUGCAAAUAGAUGAAUGUUUGUACUACAGCUUGAUGCGUUUUGUUCUGUUGACUUUCGUAAAUGUAAAAUACAUAGAGGUCUUGUACAAUGUUUGAUCUGAACUUCAUGGUUAUUCUGAUUAUCCAUCUGCCCCACGUAAUUUAACUUUUAUAAAUUCACUUGGCGGUUGCUUUUUUUCAGUACCCUCUCAGUUUGCAAGCGAACUGGAUCUUUUUAAAAUGUAUUUGUCAUUAUUUAUAUUACAAAUUCUGUUUAAUGUAUACCAUUUUAUUUGUGAGUUUUAGUUAGGUGCUCUCUAUUUUACACUUUUUAGUAAUAUUGGGUAUUAGGGUUAAAAUAUUUUAAUACAUAAUUAUGCCUCGUUAUUUUGUAUUUAUGAGCUUGGCACUGCUCUGGGUAAAUCCGUUGUCUGUACAUGUGUUUGUGGACUUUUUAACGCCCUGGGAAACACAUGUUUUAGCGUUGUUGGUUCCUUCAGUUAAUAAUUAACCCCUUAUGCGUUGCCGUGACUGCCUUGUUUCCUGGCAAAUGAGAGAUUUUUAUUAUUUCUAUUCCUUUUUCUAGCGUUUUAUUUUUUAUUUUAUUUUUUGUCCUUGACUUGGCUCUGGCUUUAGUCCUUAAUGAAAAUCGUCUGUAUUGUCUGGUCUGUGAUUAAUUCUGACUAUUGUUCUCUUCCCAGCGUGAGCUCGGGGACUAUAAAAGAAAUCUAUGGAACUUGCUGGACGGAGAACGCUCUGCUGAUAUUUGCAGGGGGAAAUCUUGCAGAGUAUUGCAAUCUGAGUAAUGGUCUGCAGGAUCCCAUAUUUACCCUGGCACCGAACGAUUACUUGUGUAGCAGCAGUAUAUCUAAAAUCUUUGUCUGAUGUCACAUCAGCAUCAUCUGCUGAACCUCAAGUAAUUUGCAUUCCAUCACCCCUAUUAUAUAGAAAACAAACCAAGCCCUGCAGCCUUUAGUAAUUUUAUUAACUUAUUUUUUUUAGCGUCUCAUUCCUUGGACUUUUUCAUUUGUUAUUGAUCACCCACAGUUAUUUUGUUGUGGCCUCUUUUGCUGACGCUGCCACUAUUACUGUACCCAGUAAGCAAGGGAGCAGAGCACCCCAAAUUACCCCUGUUCCACUCUGUGCAUCACAGUGUAUUUUGAGUUGAGUAUACUCACUUAAGUGGCCCCAUCUCCAGUUAUGCUAUAGCUGCAUCAACGAAUCUCUUUGUACUCCAGCGCAGCGCCCAGAGGAGCCGUUACUCUUUAGAGUUGGAUCUAACUCAAAAGGAAUGUGUAAUAGCCCUCAGAAUGAAGGCCCUUUAUUUCAGGAAGAUCUCAUCAGAACUCCUGGUGCUGGGAGAUAACAAACUGCCUUUGAAGCAUUAACCUAGAUUUUCGUAACCCUUUCAGUUUUUAUGAACUUGUAUGUAGUGAUUGUGAAUUAUUGGGCCGUGCCUGCACCUGUAAGGGCAACGGACUUUGUAGUGAAGACAGUUUGUUUCUAGUGACAUCAACUUUUGCUUGAAAUUUAAAUUUUUGGCUGAAAUGUAGACCGGUUGAGAGAGGUUAAUCAUAAAAUUACAAAAUUUUAUAUUGGACUUUACAUUAAAACUGCAUGUAACGGUGUCCUUGCCUCGAGUGUCUGCAGUCAGGACUAAGUGAUAGGUAUGUUUAGAAUUGGGCAAAAGUAUCAAGGAACGCAGGAUUCUAGGGACAAUCCAAUUUUUUGUUUUACUUUGAAGGUACUGUGUAAGAUUGUGGUUGAUGAUGUUAAUUUGCAGACAAGUAACUGGGAAGGGGUUAGAGCAACGUGAGAGCUGCCCUAUAUAUUCAGCAUUUGUCUCCUCUGCCUGAUGACCUGAUUCUCGCUCUGCUCGGUGGGCACGCCCCUUAGUGAGGUCUGAAGCGCAAAUUGUCUGUGUACGGAUGGACUUAUAAUAAUAAUAAUAAUAAUAAUACUGACACAAACAAGAGAACAUAAUAUUCAGCCUGGGCAUAUGUAUGAGGUGCCAUGUUAAACACAGCCCAGUAGUUCUAGCUGCCUAACCAGCUUCAAAAUCCUUUAGCACUCACGCUUAUUGCUCAUUUUAUCUGACUUCCUCCAGUACUUUGAUUUUGAGCAGAGUACCCCAAUAUUAUCAUAGAGAUCACAACAUGGCUACUGAAAGACUGGAGCAGAGCUGUGUUUUGUUGUCUGGCCAUGGAUUGCUUAUUCCAUAAGGGCCUGUAUUUGGCAGUGUAAUGUUUUUUUCACCUCCUUAUAAACUGGAUUGUUUAAUUCUCUGUGCUCUUUAAAUCAUGCAGUUUCCCUUCUGGUCACUCUCCGUUAAACCAAAAUGUAUAGUCUACUCGUAUUUAAAUGAAAGUGACUGUUUAAAAGCAAGUUCAGGCAAUUUAAACGAACGCUGGCUGGUUUAGGCAAAGUGCAAAACGUUUAAUCAUUGCUCAAGUACUGUGUCUAGGCAGUUUCAGGCAGUGUGUGAACUUAAUACAUUGGGAAAAGACACAGUGUUCGGUUUAAAUUCUUCUUUUAGAAUUAAAACAAAGUAUGUACAUUAAAAAUAGUGGUACUUUUUAGUAAGUCUGCAUGCCAUCUUGAUGUGACAUAAAGCCACAAUACUCUGAGCUACUGACACGUUAUUAGAAUGUGUAUUCCAAUAUUUUUGGGUUUUAAUAGAUCGAUAUAUAAUGUUGCAUUCCUGAACUGAAAGUAUACUACAUUGAGAGCAGUCACGGGACAUAAAUUCCCCAAAUAUAUUUGUCGGUGAAAGAUCAACAAUUCAAGUUCUCCAAGAGGAAUUGAAAUACAAAUCUUUCACCAACAAAUAAAUACGAGGAAUUUUUGGCUCGAUGGCUGUUCUAUUUUUAUUUUUAUUGUUUUUUUACACACAUGUAAUGUGAGGUUAUCCAGGGAGUUUUGCUUAUUUUGUUUCACAGUGACAUGUAAAUGGUGACCAGAAGGCUCACUUACCUUAAAACAUUUAGGGGGCUGCCCAUGAUUACAAACCUGACUCCUCUGCUUUAAUUCUUGUUGUUUCAGAGACUUGAGAGAUGCAUGGGCUUGGUAAUGUCCAUGACAAAUGGUAUAUCGGAAAGAGAAGCAAAUGACGCACUUAACGCUUAUGUAAGUAUUAGUAUUACAAAACAUUGAAAUAUUGUGUGUCUAGAUUUUUAUUUGCUGCAGAUGAUGGUUUUGCAGCAUUUGCAGUGAGCUCUGCCCAUUUCAGGAAGUGUCUAAAACGACGAUGGAGCUACUUUACUUUUUGGUGGCAGUCCUGCGCAUAUUCUUGUACAGCAGUCCUUUAUUGUGUCAUGUUUCACUGUCCAUGGGUUUAAACUAAUGUAUCAUUUACCCCGCACUCUCGACUAUCUUCUGUGUGCCUUCAUAAAAUGCUUUUGGCCUUGCUGACAACACUUUCUCAGAGAGGAGAAUUAUUUAAGUACAGCUGUGGCCUUAGUUGCCAGCACAUCAUCUGAAUGGAACUUUACAGGGAGAUAUCAUAGUAUCUAAAGGGCAUGCAAAGUAGAUGCUGUGACAGAGCAAGAGAAAUGCCUUGAUGAAAAUGAGUUCUUCUGCGCCUCUUUGUCACUUAAAGAGGCACUCUAAGCUUCAAAACCGCUACAUUUUAAAGUAACCGUUUUGCUUAUGUAACGCAAUGCCAUUUUAGACAUGCGGCACUGUUUACUUUUUGUCUCAAGAACGCCUCUAAUGACUGUCAACUUGUCUUUUUGAAAUCCUUCGCUUUUGGUAUCAUCACAUCCAGCAUAAUCUUAAAUAAAAGCAUGAGGGUUAUGCGUCUCUGUGAGAGGGAUGCAAUUCGCAAAGGGCAGUAAGUGCCACUUGUGUUUAGGAGGGCUCACCUAUACGUCUCUAUGGAGAAGCAUUGGAUUGGGCUGGAAAGACUGCUGAAGUGUUUUAUAGGCGAGGCGUAUCCUUUUUAAAACCCCAGUUUAUUAAAGUAUUGCUUUCUAUAAGAAAUCAACACUUUUAUAAUAAAAUUAUGGAACUACUCCCUGGCUGUCAAUCGGACAGCAACAGAGGCUUGGUUCCUCCUGUUAGCUCCCCUGAACUAACGGAAGAGGCAGGCACACUCUACUUGGAACCUCUGAUCAGGUGUGUGCGCGCACGGUUCAGAAGCUUCACUGUUCAUAUUUUUUUUUUUUAUAUUCCCUGUGAAAAGUCUCUUCUGGGGAAAAAAAGAGGAGAGCUUGCAAUGGCAACCGUUAAUAAGAACUGCAGCUUUAAGCAAAGUCUCUUUUAAGAUAUACCCCUGAUAAAUGCAUGCAUGUAUUCAUGGGGGUAUAUCUAUUAAAUAGUGAUAAUUGUUCUCUACAAAGUUAAAGCGGCACUGUCAUGCUGAACUUACCUUUUCCCAAUCGCUUCCUCUUCUCUCAGGAUCUGUUCUUGUUUUUUUUGUUUUUUUUUUCUAUCUGAUCUAGUUUUCUUUAAGACAUAAGAUAAAGUAAAGACUACUUUGUCUUAUGUAUUUUUCUUACGUUUGACCAGCUUUGACCCACUUCCUGUGGAAUAAUACUCUCCUUAAAUCCGUGAUCUAUCUACCAAAAGGCUGAAAGACCUAAAUUUACUUCAUUAUAGUAAAUAAGGGAGACUGCCCCUACUUGCUAUACUUUGAGUAGGGACAUGUAUACUAAACAGUGAGCAGCCACGAUCCCUCCCCUCUUCCGAUAAAUGCCCCGUGGUAGGGCAUCUGUUAACUAGCAGUCCCCCCGAGCCCCCACCCGUGCCCCGUGAGUGGGGGCUAUUAAACUAAAUGGGGGACAUAGGGUUCUCCUUGGCCCCCACCAAUGAGUGGCGGUUGGGGGCCCUAAAUGAUAAUAGGGGGUACCUAUUGCCAGCCCCUACCAUGAGCGGCGGCUGGGGGCUCUAAAAGACAAUGGAGAGUGGACCUUUUGUGCCCCCACCCAGCGGGUGGGGGCCCUAAGUGACAAUGGGGGGGAGGGCCUAUUGUCCUCCCGGCCUCCACCCAUGAGCAGCGGGUGGGGGCCCUAAGUGACAAUGGAAUGGAGGACCUACUGUACCCCCCCACCCCUACAGGUGACAUGGUGUCCCAUGUCACCCACAAUAAAAGAAAAACGCCCUACCUACCCCCCUCACCCCCAGGGACAAUAAAACUAACUACCUGUAAAUAAAAAAAAAUUAAAAUGACCCUGUCCCUUGUCACAUUGGUCCCUCCCAUGCAAAUAAUAUAGUGGUCUUUUGAGCUCUGUUAAAUACAUAUAUGUACUUAUAAUGUUAAAGGAUUCCUCUAGACCUUGGCAUAGAGGUCUCUGCUGAAAACUAAUUGAACAGUGAGGGACAAUGUCUUUUGUGUCACAAUAAAUAGAAAUUUUAUAGAUUACAUUAAAAGUUGUGUUACUGUGACUGGUACCUUUUAAAUUGAUUCAUUUGUUCAUAAUAAAACAUUACAAACUAAACUAGGUAUUAGUUUUCUGAGAAUUUUACUUUUGCAUAUGCUAUGCUGCUUAUCGAUAACUGUGUUUUUGUAAUGUAGGUGUGCAAAGGAGCCGUUCAACACGAAGAAGUAUGUCUUGGCCUGUUCACAUUGGUCCUUACGGAGCCUACACAGGCACAAAAGGUAUGCAUGCCAAACUAAUCUGUACUUGAAGCAGUGCUGUUCUCAUAUUUUUAAUUGGGAGCUGCAGGUCAUGAGCUGCUACGCCGAUUUUCUGUGUGAGCAGAGUGUUUGUUCCUCUAUCAGACUCUUUGGGUACCUCUGCCAUGCUAUAUUGGAAGCAAUAUAGGUUUACCUUUUCUGGUCUGUGUUUGGAGAAGGAGAUUAUAUUAUCCUGUGCUAGUCUGUUCUGGGAAUGCUGUAUAUAAGUUCCUCUGCCAAUCUGUAUUUAAAGUAGUCUAUAUUGGGGAUAGAAGGUUAUGGGUUCUUCUAUCAGGUUGUAAUGUGAGUAAGAAGUUGUCUGUUCCUCUGCAAGCCUAAGAGUUUGUAGGUUCUUUUUGCCAGUAUCCAAAGAGACAUGGCUAGUAGAGGUGCGAAAGUGGGCUACAGCAACCCAAAUUGGGGCUCUGUAACCCUUGUCUUUCAGCUACGGAGUAGAAGUGGAGCCCCCUAAUCCAUGCCUUAUUUGUAUCAGUCUCCCUGUUGAGUCCCGGCUGGGAGCAGAAGCAGCAGAGUUAACGUAGUGAUGUCCUGCCGUCCUGGGUUCAACAAGGAGACUGGGAGAAUUAUGUGAAUAGCAAGUCAUUGGAGAAAUAGUGACUAGGUGAAUAGGUUCAAGGUCUAGAAGUGCAGGGCCGGCGGCAUUUUGCCUCCUCUUUCUCACUCGGUAUGCUAUAGAGGGAGAGACUUGCAGAUGUCGGCCCUGCAAAAUAUAACCAGCUCGCCAAACCACCACAAAUCACAGCCAGGUACAUUGAGGGGAGGGGAGGUGGGGGGGAAUUAAAGUGUGCUUCUGUCUGUUUUCCCAAUGCCUGUGUGUGUAUGUGUGUCAGUGUAGCUUGUGUGCCUUUAUGCGCUUGUGCUUGUGUGUAUCCAAGUGUGCCUGUGUUUGUGUGUGUGUCUGUAAGUAUCAAGCAGUGAGCAUGUGUCUUUAUGUAUGUAGAAGCGUAUAUCGCAGUGCAGAUGGAAACGUGUGGAAUUUGCGAUGGACCAAUUAUGGGGCUUUGACGAGGUUUAUUUGUCUUGGGCUCAAGAUCUGUUUUGUUUUUGUUUUUUUACCCUUGCCACGCCUCUGCCAGUCUCCAUUAUCAGCAGGCUGUAUUAUUUUAAUUGCCGGUCUACAUUGAGAGGAUUUGUAUUCCUCUGCUAAUAUGUGUUGGGUACAGGGUGUACGGACUUCUCUGCCUGUCAUGAAAGCAGGAGGUUUGGGUUCUUCUGCAAAUCUGCCUUGUGAAUAGGGGUAAGAUUGUUUUCUCAGUACAGGGAUAUGAUUUUCUCUUUCCCCCUUUGAAUUCCCAUAAUUCGAACAUCUGCUGUUAUCGUUGGUCCUUUGAUGUAAAAGUGCCUGCGUUUCCCCUUCCAAGCAGCUUGUUCCUUUUUUAGUGUGUUUCUUUCUGUGCCAGCUUACCUCCUUCUGUCAUUAAAAGCAACGACUGCGCCAGAGGCACGUCACUGCCUGUGCAGUUAGACACAGAGCAGUGAUAAGAUCUCGCAGCAUUGACCAGCAAACGCAAACCUCUCCAGUAGGGACAAAAAAAACCUAUGGCUUAUCAUUAUUUUCAAGUGAUAGAAUAAAUGGGACGUACUCUUGCUUGUGUGGUCUUAAAAUAUGUCAUAGUACAAUGAUAUAAAAUUGUGUAGCUCUGUGCGGUAUAUUGGCACGCUAUAUUAAUAUUAUUGAUGAUUUCAAAGUAGAUCUGACAACCAGGCACAGGCGUACUCUUGCAUUCGGCAAGCUUCCAAACAUUAUAAAUAGGCCAGCUAUGGUUAUAGCUGCAUAUGUUUGGGUGUUUGAUUGUAAUGAUGUAAUUUUCCCUGGACAGAAUUCGGUAGUCUCUUCUUCAGGUGUUGUGCGAUCCACAGCACAGUUUAUUUGCUUGGAGACCAGACCUAUGUGAUGUCCAAAGCAGACGUUUGUUUUCAUUCAGCUUCAGCCACCGUCUGCCAAUGAUGUGUAUCCUGGUCGGGUUAACCUCUUGCAUCCUGCGGGGCUUGUGACAUUGUCAGAUGAGAGAGAGUGAGAAAGCCCCUCCCCCAUGCCAUGCAGGCUUAUUAUUCUAACAUUUGGGGAGGCACCCUCUGAUAUUUCGGGAAACUUUAAGCAAACACGUUGACUCUGGGAAAGGGCGCAACCUUUGCCUUGGAUAUUGUUUUGCUAACUGUGUAGUUGGCAUUUUUGUAGGUAAUUACUGUCACAGUUUCACACAGAGAGGGAGUGCAUUGCAAGAGAGCCUGGCAGAUCUCCCAUCUCUUUUCCCAUGGCAUCGGUGUACAUCUCUCAGCAAGAUAUGAUCUGUGAGCUUCUCUGCGGAGUCGUGCGCAUUCACAAUAACUAAAAAUUGUGUUUAAGUAAUUAAGUCAUAUAAAUAGUAGGGAUCGACUGAUAUUGAUUUUUUUAGAGCCAAUACCGAUAAUCUGUGAACUUUUAGGCCGAUAGCCGAUAUUCUGUACAUUUACCAUUUUGAAAAAAUAAGAAAUUUCUUAAGGUAAAUGCACAAAAUAUACAUGCCACAUGUAGUGGAUGCAGAGUGUUUAGACAGGGGACCUGUGUGUGUUUGUCUAGUGGAUGCAGUGUGUAUAGUGAAUGCAGUGAGUUUGUGUGUAGUGUGUGUGUAUAUAGUGAAUGCAGUGUGUAGUGUGUGUGUGUAUAUAGUGAAUGCAGUGUGUAGUGUGUGUGUGUGUAUAGUGAAUGCAGUGUGUAGUGUGUGUGUGUAUAUAGUGAAUGCAGUGUGUAGUGUGUGUGUGUGUAUAGUGAAUGCAGUGUGUGUGUGUGUGUAAAGUGAGUGCAGAGAGUGUGUGUGUGUGUGUGUAUAAAGUGAGUGCAGAGUGUGUGUGUGUGUGUAAUGAAUGCAGUUUGUAUAGUGUGUGUGUGUGUAUGUGUUUUCUGAAGGGAUGUAAUUUGUGUCCAUUUAAAUGUAGUACUCAUUUGGCAAAAGACAAAACAAAGCAAGAUUUGCUGAGAAUGCUAGCAAAUCUGUACCCUACCUGGAAUCUGAUUUGAAACUAUGAUGCUCUUAUCUCUUAGAAUUUUCAGAAAAUAUGUAAUCUCCGCACUUGUUACCAAUUUUAUUUUUAAUAUUUAUAUGCUUUAUUUUUUUUGUCCCCCCUUCCUGCUUCUUACCAGGUAGAGGAGAUAUAGUAUUCCCUGGUGGUCCGGUGGCUUAAGUACUGGGGGGCCCGCAAGGAAGCUGGUACUUACCUCCUUCAUCUCCCUGUGUAAAUCGUGCAGUCUGUGUGCUGCGCAGAGCGUUGCCAUGGUAACUCGUGGCAACGCCCUGCGGCCGCGGGACUCGCAAGAUUUUACAUCGGAGCUGAAGGAGCUGCUGGGAGGUAAGUAACGGCUUGCUGCUGACCCCCCCCCCCCUUCCUGAUAUUGCCGAUAAUACCUCCUAGGACCGCCGGGUUCAUUAUAAGCCCGGCGGUCCUAUGAGGUAUUAUCGGCAAUAUCGGUAUCUCUAUAGGCUGAAACCGAUAUUGCCGACAAUACAGAAUAGCAGCCGAUAAGAUCAGUAAAACCGAUAAUCGGUCGAUCCCUAAUAAAUAGAAAUCGUUUGCACAAAGUAGGUACAGAUUUCCUAAGUCAGGGCUUGACACAUUUUGCUUUUAAAUCUAGGAGCUAGCUAAAAAAGUUAGGAGCCGGUUUUCUUUUUAAAUUUUACAAAGCUUUAUUUUUAAAUACUAAAAUACAAUUCUUAAAAGGAAACUAUAGUCACCAGGACCACUGCAGCUUAAAGGGACACUAUAGUCACCAGAACAACUACAGCUUAAUGAAGUGGUUCUGCGGUCUAUAGCCUGUCCCUGCAGGCUUUUCAAUGUAAACGCUGCCUUUAAAAAAAGAAAAGGAAAAAAAAAGGUCAGUGUUAACAUUACUGUCUAGAAACACCUGUUGUGACAGGCAUUAAAGUGAUUUCUGUCUCAGUGCUGCAAAUUCAGCAUCUCGAUGCUCUGCCUGAAGGCGUUGGUUAUUCCCCACAUAGAUGCAUUGAUUCAGUGCAUCUCUAUGAGGAGAUUCUGAUUUGCAGCUUAUGUUCCCAAUUGAUUCCUAUGGGGAAGCAUUGGAUUGGCUGAGAUCAUCAAGCUUGAUAAUUUCAGCCAUAAAGAGGGGGCCAGCACGGCAUGGGAAAAAGGUGAAUAAAAGUGGGGAGCAUGUGCACCACAAUUAGACUGUUUUUUUUUAAAGUUGCUUGACCUUACAUAUUAUCCAUUUUUAUUUUGCCAUGCAGGUGGUAGAGGCAGAAUUUAGAGUAAAUAAUGUCUAUCCAUCAUUGCGUCAGUGGUUCAGGGCAGCUGUUGGUGGGCUGUAAUGGUGUAGGGAAUACGUUGCAAGUAUCGUUUCUGACCAGGAUGUGCAACUUGUUUCAUACACCAUUUACUUAUCUUCUAAUGUUCAUUCAAACAACUGGCCAGAUCAUACAGUGCAUGUCAUCUCCAACUGGCUCCUCAAUUCAAUAAGAUACAAUAAAAUGUGCAUAGCUAUCAGGUCAACAUGAACCAAAAGAUUUCCCGCAGCUUGUUAAACGUAAAUGUUGUUCUGGAGGGAAAUGGGAUCCUACCCAGUACUGUGGCCGCUGCGUUUGUGUCACAGUUGCCGUCCUUUGUUCUUCCUCCACACAUGCCCAGUUACAGUGGAAUAACUAAUAUCAAAAGCUAGAAAGAGGGGGAAACCUUUAUCUACUUGUGUCAUGGAUUCAGGGAAAGACUUGUAAACUGUAUUGGUAAAAAGCACAGUUAUAUACGAAACUAUCUUUGUAGGCCAAGUAAAAACGGUUUAUAAUGGAGAAUCGUGGAUUCGAUACGAACAUAAACCACGGAAUAGAUUUAUUUUGCCAAUUAACUAAAGUGCAGACUUUGGAAGUGGGCAGUUGUGCAGCAAAGAUCUGCUUGAUCCGGGUCUAGUCCAGAUGCAAACGUAUUUGUGUGUACUUGAGUAUAUAUAACUAUUGCCUCCUGCCGGGAGCACCUAUACAUCAUCUGCAACAAAAGAAGUGGGCAAUCAUUGUGGACAUCAUGUAUGGAGGAAUUUGUUGUUUAAAACGUGGGAUUAGCAAAUUGGUUGUUUGAGACACUGUUUUGCAUUCACCAUAUUUCUGUGUGUGGCAAAAGAACUAUGUUUGGAUGUGUAAGAUAUAAAUAUAACACACCAACGUUGUCAAUGAUUGUUUUCUGAUAUCUUUACAAACAGAUUGCCUAAAAUAAAAUUGAAGGAUUCGUAGUUAUCUAUAGUCAUUAUUAUUUUCCCUUUCUGGGAUAUCUGCCCCUUACUUGUGCUCACUUUAAUCUUGUUUUAUCUUGGCAGGAGCUGCAAUAUAUAAUAUGAGCAUAGAUAAUUCAAUACAUAAUUUGAUUGUCCAAUGUGUUCAGGGCUGUUGUGUUGUUGACGCUCAUUUUUAUUGAUUCCACUUUCACUUUUUUCAGUUUUUCUUGUGUUUUUUUUUUCCUGAUCACCUCAUUACCCCUUCUGUUUGUUGUUGAUAAAAAAUAACAUUUCUUUGAGUGUUGCUAUUACACUUUUUCUUCUUUUGUGUGCCUUGAAUUAUUCAAUAAAGAGUUGCAUUAUACACAUACCUUAAACUUGCCCUGUUGUUUUUAUACCUCCCCUGGGUUGUUUUGUAUCCAUACACUGUAAUCCCAUCCCCCUACCAUGCUGGCCUGAGAUUUGUCAUUUUGAGUUAAACUGACAGAGAUGCUCUGAUCUGGUAGCUUUUUAACCCUGUGUGUAUUCAGUUCAGCUUUGGAAGUACUCUGUGUGUGUAAUUUGCUGUUCUGGGCCCAGUUUGUUAAAUUCACAACAUUCUUUUUAUUAUAAACAGUUGUUAGCUGAGGGAGAAGUACUAACGAGACGCCUGCUGUCCGGGGCUUUUUAAAGUAGCUAAUUAGUUUCCCGAGAAGUGAUGCCUGUGAUCAAUGAUUGAGAGGACGCCAGUCGCUUCUGCGGCUGUUAACGAAGCGCUAACUAUAUAGGGGCAUCCCCACACUGAUAUAAUUCUCUCUCUGGGGACUGAAAACACUGUGAAAGUAUGUCUAUAUUAUAGCUUCUAUAACGAUCCUAGCAGACUCAGACAGGGUACCAAUUAACUAAUAAGCCCAGAGAGGGAAAAACUGCUUGCUGUGUAAUGUGAGGACUCGUAUCUGUGUACCCCAAUCAGUUAGGGUUAUCCACUAACAAACACUUUGGGGUCACAAAGAGAACAGGUGAAUUCUUCAUUCUUACAGGGGUCCUUAGCUUAAACAACCCAAGUAAAUUAAGGUUGUGAUUCAUGGGUUUAAAGAUGUGUUUGCAACAUAGAUCCCAGGCACCGCAUAGCCCAUCUUGUUGGGAGAGGUAGGAUGGAGUACAGAGGGGGAGCUGCAUCUCUUGUAAAUUCACCUGAGGCACUUGGUUGGGGUACUUAUGAAUAGUAAAGAGCUCACUCUGUGCAUUGGUGUGUGCUUGUAUACGCACAACUAACAGAGCGAGUUUUACUUUUUCCUGGAAGUGGAUGGUGAUAAUAUCGGUUCUGUGAUUGUGUCCGGUCUGUGCAUGUUUAGUGUGAGUGGAGUAAAGUUGAUAUUAUAUUCAUCUUAGUAUUCUUUUUGUUUGUUAUGCAUGUGCUUUGGGUACUGUGAGUAUUGUGCAUUUGGGCUACAUUGUUUUGGUCUUUUCUACUUGGCAGUAUCAGACACUAACAAGCAUGGAGUCUUUUAGACAGGUCCUGUUUCAGCGUUCCAGUGAGGGUCUUUGUGAUGCCCCACUGUCCGGCAGAAUAAUCUGCUCUGUGUGUGCGUCGCCUCAGGAGUACUGGCCCCUGGAGAAAGAUCGCUCUUCACUUUUUCUCUCUGCACUGGUAUCUCUCAUUAGCUGUCCUCUCCGAAGUGGCUUUUGAUCUGCGUCUGCGGUCUGCUGAAGUUUUCUCUGCGCCGUAUAAUUACAUCUGUCACAUUGAUGCUGGAUCUGACAUUCUGGCUGCCCUGUAUCUGUCACACAGGCUCACACACCUGUGACUAUCAGCCCUUCAUCCCUAAGUUAACCUGUGCCUAGCUGGAGACUGUAUUAACCAGACACACCUCCUAGUCCCUAUAUUUCCCACCAGCUUAUUCCUUUAACUUUAUCCCUCCACCCGUUCUUAUUUCUACCUAUUUUUCAUCUUCCAUUUCCUAUCUUUUCCCUCAGACGCUUAUUCUUUACCUUAUAUUUUAUGUAUACAGUGUCCCUUUCUGCUGCAUGUUCAAAGAAAAGCAUCGUUAAGAUACCAGAAAUACACCCACGCAAAAAAUCAGUACUGGUGGGGAUAGGUUGCACAAUCGUAAUACUUCUCGCACAAAGCGCCACCAUUGUCACGAAGUAACCUUUUGCGAGGCCUCUUGCUGGCAGUAAGGACCACGUCAGUGUCUCUGCAACAAUUUCUCAUUUUCAAGUUUGAGUCUGACGUCUCUUUAAUCCCCCAGCCUUGCUCUACCCCCCUCAGUGCGUUCCCAUACGUUACCAUUUUCUCUAUAUCCUGGAUAAAAUGGGUUGCUGCGUUUCCUGUGAAUGUCCCCUCUGCCUUGCAUUCUGCACCUUGUGUGAGCAAAGUGAAGUUUGUGCAUUACAGUAUGGCCUUCAAUAAUAGGGUUAUUUACUGAAAUGUGAAUGAUUGGCAAUUGGAAUUCACAGUGUAUUCCUGACAUUUCACACUUUAGUGGCAUCAAGAAUAGUUUACUGGAGGACAGUUGAUAGUGUUUAACAUAUUGGAUGCGAUGUCUACCUCCUUAAUCGCACAUUCUGGCUGGAAAAUGGAGGCGCACAAUCAUGAGGCCUCGUAGCAUAAUACAGUAUGCAACAAGAUCGAUAAUGAGCAUCGCUGUGCAAAAUGUUACCUGCACUGUUCUUACAUAUUUUUUUUUCUUCCCUCUCUAAAGUUUUCUCUAUUUAAAAAAAAAAAAAUUUUUUUUUUAAAUUUAUCACUUAAGAACCAAAGCUAUUUUUGCUCUGUGUGUGUUCAAACACAAUUUCCAUCUUUCUCAUUUACUGUACCAAAACAAAUUAUAUAUUAUCUUUUUAGGACAAAAAGGCUUUAAUUUCAUGUGACACAUAUAUCAAUUCUCAUUUGUUAUAUUUAAAAAUGAAAUACACAAAAUUGUACAUAAAAACACAUGUGCUUAAUUAGUGCAGCUCAAGAAAAGUAGCUCAAAAUAAAUAAAUUUGUCCCGAAUUAUAGAGUACAUAAUAUGUCUAGGAUUUAUUUUUGGUAAUUACCGGUCACAAAAUACAAGGAGUAAAAUACAAUUUCAAUAUGAAGUGAUUUUAGAAUUUAGCAUGCUUGUCUUGUGGGUUUAAUGGCUGUCACAGAAAACAAAAUCACCACAUAAAAGUAUAUAUUUAUAUAAAGUAAACAUCACAGCCUAUUUACCCAAGGAUAUUUUAAAACAUAUUAUUUAGCCACUUGACGGCCAAUCUCUGCUAAAUAUUGUUGUAACAUGUGUAUUUUUUUUAUUUAUAUAUAUAUAUAUAUAUAUAUAUAUAUAUAUAUAUAUAUAUAUACACACACACAUACAAAUAGCAAGGUUUAUCCUAUAAGUAUUUUGUAAACCUGAUGUGGGCAUCUACUGUACAAAACUCCAUUUUGUUUUCAACUAUAUCUUCUGAGUGCAAUUUCCCCAAUGUAUGCCUUUGCCACUAUCUUGACCAUUUCAGUUUUUACAGUCAGAAUUUCUAUAGAUAGAUGUGAUUGGCCUAUGUCUCCUUUUGGAGUGUUAUUGCAAUUCAUGUCAUUUGUGAAGGAAGACACUCUAGCGCAGUGGCAGUCAACCUUUUUCUUCCUCCCACCCACUAAUGCAUCUUUCUUGAUGGAAAAAUUUCCUAAACGCUCACCAUACUUACGGAAACAUAAAAAUACAUAACUAUCGGCUUGAACAUACUCACGCAUAACUGUCUAUACAUUUCACAUUCGUUCUACUUCCUGCUGAUCAGAGCUUAGAGUCUGCAUGCUUUGAGACUGGAAGAGGCUGUGUUUGGGCUCCCUUGUUAGGAGAUAGUGUUUGGAGGUUGACACGUCAUAUCCUCCUUGAGAUCUAAAAGUCCACAUGUAGCCUAUUGGCCAGCAGGGAGGCACAAUUAUUGUCUGGUUCUGGUUUGGAAUCACCCUUGCAAAGUAUUGUAUAAUGAGUCCGGUCGUGGGUUAUUCGGUGCUUAAUCAUUGAGUGAUUGUCAACGACAUCUUAUCUCUCCAAGGCAUGGAGAAGGGGUCUGAUGUGCUUUCUUAUAUGUAUCCCAAUGUGGUGACAGGAUUGUUUUGAAGAAUGCAGACUCUUAAAACAGUUUUUUUUUCUUCUUCAGAGUUACCGGGACUUGGCCCUGGUGACCCGAGAUGGAAUGAAUAUUGUACUAAACAAAGUCAACCAACUUCUAAUGGAGAAAUACCUCAAACUCCAGGAUGUCUGCCGGACGCAGGUAAGCAAUGCACACUGGUUGUAUGGUAAAUUGGGGAUCAGAGUGUGGUACUAGAGUAAAUGGGAGCACUGGGAUGUGGCUUGUAGAUGGGGCAAUUGGGAUGUUGUAGCGUAGGACAUGCUGGUGGGUGCAUGCUUCCAAGAAGAUACGAAAAAGCUGAGUGUGGUACAUAACACACCGUAGGGGCACUAGGCGAAUGAUUUGGGUAUGUAGAGUACUGGGGUGUGUUACACAGGGAACCAGGGGUAUGACGAGAGCAGCUUGGGGUGGCCCACAUGUACAAAAGCUGCACCAAGAUCACAUAGGGUUGCAGGUGGCACUGUGGUGAGUCUCACUGGUAUUGGGUAACAUCAUACAGGUAUUUAGAGUGCAUUUAGGUGUAAAUCAGGUGUGCAGGGGGAAUUAGGUUGUGGCGUGCUGUAGACAUACAUUGGUCAUCUGGAUAUGUCCGUCACAUACGAUGGUGUUAAAGCAGCAUAGGAUCAAAUUCUCAGAUGAAAUACAUGCUCUUGUCCCUUGGCAGUUGGUGUGGUUCUUGCGGGAAGUGGUGAAGAGCGGCAUAUUGGGAGCUGAUGGAGUGUGCAUGACAUUUAUGAAGCAAAUUGCAGGUGAAUAUGAUUGAUUUAGUCACUAGUAAAACUAACCAUGUGUUGGUGGUACGGCUUACCGUAAGGCCAUAAAGUGAGUAUUAGCUGCAAUGUUGGUGCUGGAAACUUGGUGACUCCACAGUAAAUGGUAUGAUGCUUAGUAUUUUUUAUUUUAACAUUCUAUUUUUAUUUGAAAGAAUACAAUAAAAUGUAACUGUACAUUUGCUGAAAACAACCACCAUAAACAAUUAAAGCAAUCAACUAGAGUCUUGUGUUCUAGUAGAGCUGCUUUAUGGCUGCAAUAAUAAAUGAACAUUUGCAAUAUAUGAUCCAGGAGCAUUUGGAGUUACAGUCAGGGAUUGGCACAUAGCUGUAAAGAAAGCAUGAUGAUUGCUCUUUAACCAGUUCCUUUUACACAAAGUUUGUGGAGGAAACUCAGUGAAUAAGGGGUGGUGCAGAGACUUGUGUUUGUGUCAACAUUAAAAUCAACAAUGUGCAGCAUAUAUACAUAUGGGGGGAAAAAGUCCCAUAAAAACUACUUCUACUUAACUCAAGGAGAGUUGAAGAGAGAAAAGGGGAAAGAGGAAGCGCACAAAAUAUAUAGUUUUCCAGAAAAAGUAAUAUACCCCGGUGGACCUCCCACCAGUGUAAGUAGUCACAUUUUCCUGGAGUCUCCCGGCCACCAGUAAUCUCCUCUAUGAAACCUGGAGAUCAGCCAGUACAUUGGCCAUGCAAGGCAGGGCUAUCGCUCAAGAGAGCUAGCAGAAUGGCCUAGCAGGAUCUUCUGUUUUCAAUGGAUGACAUUACCGGGACCUGGCAGACCUUAAGUUGUAAGACACUUUGGCUACUAAUAGUGCACUGUGGUUGUUAUGGUGCUUGGAGUGUCUGUUUCUUAUUUUGGAGAGAAUCCAUAUUCAAGCAUGUAGUGGAAUUGAAUUUCGAACUAUUCUAUAUAAACAGUAAAAUAAAAAUGCUCAAGUUUAUCAUGUUCAACCUUUCUUAUAUCUGUGUUACUGCUGUUGAUCCAAUAUGAAACAAUUUCCAGUUUUGCCACAAAAUUGGGGAAAAUUCCUUUGAGGCUCCAGAAAGGGCAGAUUUCUCCUUGGAUCAACAAUAGAUUAGCUACUACGCACUGUAUGCCAGCAUUGCGUCUUUAAGGAUUGGAAUCUGGUUUAAAAAAAAAAAAAAAAAAAGACUGCCAUUGGUACUUUAUAGAAACAUAGAAACAUAGAAUGUGACGACAGAUAAGAACUAUUCGGCCCAUCUAGUCUACCCAAUUUUCUAAAUACUUUAAUUAGUCCCUAGUCUUAUCUUAUAGUUAGGAUAGCCUUAUGCCUAUCCCACGCAUGCUUAAACUCCUUUACUGUGUUAACCUCUACCACUUCAGCUGGAAGGCUAUUCCAUGCAUCCACUACCCUCUCAGUAAAGUAAUAUGAUAUUAUUUUUAAACCUUUGUCCCUCUAAUUUAAGACUAUGUCCUCUUGUUGUGGUAGUUUUUCUUCUUUUAAAUAUAGUCUCCUCCUUUACUGUGUUGAUUCCCUUUAUAUAUUUAAAUGUUUCUAUCAUAUCCCCCCUGUCUCGUCUUUCCUCCAAGCUAUACUUUAGGGAUUAGUAUACUUUUUUCACUAAUAUAAAUUGUUUUUAAAACCCUGUGAAAUAAAGGAUGAUGGUAAAUAUAAAAAUAGCAUAACCACAUUUACAUGCCUAGCAUUGCACCAAGGUCAAAACCCUAUUUCUUGUCCGUGGUCCUAGACACUUUGCUCGGGUUAUGCCAAUUGCUACCUGUAAAUGUCGACAUUCACACAGGACAUUGUCCUCCAACACUGUACUGAUAGUGAGCUGGCUUCAAUGGGCCUUGAAUUUCCAAGACUGUAUAUGAAUGUGUGCCUGGCAACCGCAGGGAAGCAGGUAAUUAACGCUCUUUUCCAAAAACUGGCAAUCUCAUCACUACUUUGGAAAAUAACUGUCUUUUCUCUCUCUCCCCUCCUUCCCUUGUGUCUUCUCCAUCUUCCCCAUGUGACAUCUCUCCCUUCACGUUCUAUGUUCAGGGGGAGACAUCUCCGCCAAGAAUAUCUGGCUGGCUGAGAGUGUGCUUGAUAUACUGAUGGAGCAGAGGUAAGCGGGUGCUCGUUGUUUAGAGAACCCAUGCAAUCUCGUUAAGAUGAUAUCACUCUUCAAUGGUCUGAAGGCUGACCUCACAAUGUUACAGGAAGCCCACAUCUUUUUUAUGUUUACAGUGUCCACAUAAAAGCAAAGUGGUUUAUUCACUGAACCGUUAACUGGGGAAAAUUGACUAUUGCAAAUUUUAGCUUAAAAUAAACUAUAAAUAAAUCUCCAACUCGGCUUAUUUUGUUUUACCCCUAGCUUGGCUGUUAUGGUCCAAAAUUUGCAAUUCCCUUUUCAAUUCUUGACAACUCCUUGAUUAGUGAUUAAAACGCUUUGUUAUACGUUGUGACAGUAAGUGCACAGGCCCAUAGAGAUAAAGGAAUGUCAAGCCUUGGCAUUAAUCUAUGGUGAUCUCACCUUGUGGAACUGUAUGGAAAUGAGUCAUUCAUGUUGUUGGUUUAUUUGAAAGCCAUGCCAUUUGCAGAAGGGGUAUAAUUUAGCUUUCUUCCCACUAUUUAGUGAAUAAACCCAGUUGUCAUAGAAAGACAAAAAUACUGUCUGAUCCCAAUCAUUGAAUUCAUUUCCUGCGUUGCCAUGUACCAAACCUGCUGGGAGGCAGAGCCUUGAACACACUCCCUUGUCUGUAACUUCCUCAAUUUUGCCCUUGGCCUUUUAUUCAACUUCAGAUCAAUGACCUGUUGUUCUAGUCUUUCUCUCCCUGUGGAACAUGCUUCCUUCCUGCUUUAAAAGGAAACCUUGGCUGAGAGAUCACGCAGCAUGCCGACCAGUGAUAAACCAUACCUGAUUUUCUAGUUCAGGUUUUUAUCCUCUUGGCCUGGGUAAAGACACCGGUGGAGCUCUACAGAUCUUUUGGUGGCAUCCAGACCAGCAUGCUUUGCACAGAUCCCGAUAAUCGCCCUUUACGUUAUCUGCUUGUAAAGGAUGUUAUCUGUUAUCAGUCUUUGACUCUGUGCAGGAAGUGGGAAUGUUUUGUUUUCCAGACAUUUACAUUUAUUUUCCAAAAACACAGAAUUUAUUUUUAGUGCUGUUAAUGUAAAGUGAAAGUACUACGUCUGUUCAUUGCAAUGCUGACAUUACAAUGGUCCACAGUCAGUGGUGUAGAGGCUAACACUAGGUUGCCCAGGCCCAUGGUCCAUAGGUGUAGACUCUGGCACUAGGGUUCCCAGCUCUGUGGGUGUAGCUGCUGACACUAGGGUUCCCCUGACCAUGGUAUAUGGGUGCAGGUGCUAAAAAUAGGGUUUCCAGCUCUGUGGGUGUAGCUGCUGACAUUAGGGUUCACCUGACCAUGUUAUAUGUGUGUAGACUCUGGCACCAGGAUUCCCAGGUCUUUGGGGGUCUUGGUGUGCAUGUGUAGGUACUGAUACUGGGGUUCCGGGGGUAUUGGUAUGUAGGUACUGAUACUGGGGUUCCGGGGGUAUUAGUGGCAGCUGUAGGUACUGAUACUGGGGUUCCGGGGGGUCUUAGUAUGGAAGUGUAGGUACUGAUACUGGGGUUCCUGGGCCUUAGUGUGUGGCUGUAGGUGCUGACACUGGGGUUCCGGGGAUCUUAUUGUGCAGAUGUAGGUACUGACACUGGGGUUCCUGGGCCUUAGUGUGUGGCUGUAGGUGCUGACACUGGGGUUUCCGGGGGUCUUAUUGUGCAGAUGUAGGUACUGAUACAGGGUUUCAAGGGGUCUUAUGGUGUAGGUACUGAUACUGGGGUUCCUGGGCCUUAGUGUGUGGAUGUAUGUUCCCUUCUUAGGGCCUUAGAGUGUUGGUAUUUUUACUGGGGUUCCGGAGAUCUUGAUGUGGGGGUGCUGAUACUAGGGUUUCCCUAGUCUCUGGGUGUACAUGGAGAGACAAGGGUUUUUAAAGGCCAUUCUCUGUGGUUGUAAAUGCCGAUUUUAGAAUUUCUAGGACAAAGUUUUGUGGAUGUAGGAAGGAUGCUAGAGUUCAUAGAUUUUGUUUAAAUCCUUUCUACAUUAAAAUAAAUGACUGUUGCCAAAUUACAUAUUUAAGAGAAUGGGUCAUGAAGAGCGCUAUCCUGAUUGCCAUGUCUGUCUACACCUAUCUGCGACUAAUUGUUGACCACCAUGGGACCCCACAACUCCAGGCACUGAGGCAGAAAGAGGUGGACUUCUGCAUGAUGCUCCUAAGGGAUCGGGUAAGCCAGACUGUCCUUUGUGGCUAUUAAUUUAUUUAUUUUUUUAAAUCCUCGCAUUAAAUCUCUUCCAUUACCAAUAACCUUGGACUUUAGAAGUGCCUGCUUUAUGUUUAUUCGAGAUCAUAUCACUUUAAAUAAAUGUUUUCUAAUGUUAUAUGUUAUAGAAGAUGUUAGAUACAAUGUUUUUUUAAAUUUGUGGUGCAGAGAAAAAAGACUUUCUCAUACUUCUCUCUGACCUCUUUGUUCAUUAUGACUGUGUCCUAAUUUUAUCACCCCCCCAUUCUUUUUUCUUUAUUUUCCCAUUCAAUUUGUUCUUCUUAAUUAUCCAACGCCUCCUUUAAUUUUAAUACCUGACUACCUCUAUAUUUACCUCGUUAAUAACCAUCUUAUGUUUCCUUUUACAACCUUUUAUUUCUUUCCCGUGGCUCUCCUCUAUCCCCUUUUUCUUUUCCAUUAUUACUAUGCUCCCUACUUCAAUAUCCUUUUUCACCCAUUAACCCCUCUGCCCAUUUCCCUUCUCCCAGUUCAUGGAUUGCUUCAUGAUAGGUCGGGACUUGGUCCGACUCCUGCAGAAUGUUGCUCGUAUCCCAGAAUUUGAUCUGUUGUGGAAGGACAUGCUGCACAAUCCCCAAACCUUGAACCCGCAAUUUACAGGUACCCACAAAGAUUAAGCAGUGUUUACUGCCUCUUUUGAUACUUGGUGCAACACAGUUAAUCGCUGACUGGUUUCAUGGAUAAUUCUAUGUAGUGCUUUAAAAUGAGAUUGAUCAUCAACAAUCAUGAAUUUAGUCACUCUGACCAUAUCUGCUGGAGGUUGGAUCUGUAUCACAGUCACUCCCGACAUUGUGAAUUCUCGCUUUAUUCUGUGCUGGAGUAGACUGGGCUGUGAAGCCUGCCCCCUCUUCCAAUAUGCAGUCUAAUUAGUUCUCGGCUCCCUCUCUUAUGCCAGACAUGGUGGAACAUCUAUUUUUAGCUGAGCUCUCCUCAAAGACUCACAUCAUUGUGUGCAUCUACUUGCGCUCUAGUCUGCAGCCUCAGUUUUUGAAUAUGAGCUGCUGUCCACAGAUGUUCUACUUGGCAUUGUCUUUAACACUCAGAGCUUUGCAGACCCUCUCUCCAUCUAUUUUCUUUUCUGCAGACUCUCCCACACCUCUUUUGCACUCUAAGUACCCUUCCCAUAUCUAUUCUGCGCUCUGAGGAACUCUCCUCCAUCUCCUUAAAGCUCUGAAAACCAUCCUCCAUAUCCUCUGUGCUCUUCCCAUGUCAAUUAUGUACACUGCGAUCCUCCUGUAUCUCCUCUGUGCGCUGCACACCAUCUCGCCUCUCCCAUGCGCUCUGCGCACCCAUGCCCCUCUCCCCUGCGCUCUGCGCACCCAUGCCCCUCUCCCCUGCGCUCUGCGCACCCAUGCGCCUCUUCCAUGCGCUCUGCGCACCCAUGCGCCUCUUCCAUGCGCUCUGCGCACCCAUGCGCCUCUUCCAUGCGCUCUGCGCACCCAUGCGCCUCUUCCAUGCACUCUGCGCACCCAUGCCCCUCUCCCCUGCGCUCUGCGCACCCAUGCGCCUCUUCCAUGCACUCUGCGCACCCAUGCCCAGAGUGUAAUGUGACAAAUGUUUCCACUGACUUAAUCCUAAUCCCUUAAACUUCUUCUGAUAUUGUCUUAAUCCCAGUUUAUCCUUGCAUUGGCCCUGUCCCUCUUCCCCUUGCUGUCAGUAUCUCUUUUGUGUUGCCUCUUGUGCUUAUGCCCACACAUCACCCAAUCCCUACUAGGCAGCUAUUAUUUCCCUUUUUUUUUUUUUUCCUCCUAUGGUGUUCUCUUCCAGACACCCCUAGUGUAUACUAAUCACACAUGACUUUCGCAUUUAAAAAUUGCUUAUUACUUAAAGGGGCUCAGUCACCUCAAACUUACCUUUCUCCUAUUAUUCCCUCUUCUCCUCCUCCUUUCAGAAUCUGUUCUUCUUUUCUUCAUUUCUGAUCCAUUUCUCUUUAAAACAUAAGACUAGGAACUAAUUUUUCUGUUCCUGACAAUUGUGACAAAAGGGUGGAGCUUAAGGCCAGUUCCACUUGCUUUGUCAAGGUAACACAGGAUGAAGCUUGCCUUAAGCUCCACCCUUUGUCAAGAUUGCCAAGUGUAGGAAAAAUACAUAAAGCAAAGUAGUUUCUACAUUGUUUCAUGUUUUAAAGAGAAAAAGGUUAAUUAAAGGAGUACAGAUUCUGGAAGAGAAGAAGAAACAGUUGGAGAAACGUAAGUUUGAGAUGACAGAGCCACUUUAACUUAUAAACCAUGGCCAAUCAAACAUAUAAAUCAAAGUUAUCAGACUUUUUCCUGAAGGGGUGAAGUGUGAAAAUUAAAAAAAACAACGUUAGCAGAGGUUCCCAAACCAGUCCGCAUGGCCCAAUAAACAGCCAAGGAGAUAUGUUUUUCUCUUCCAGUGGAAGGCCACAUUGACUUUAAAGAACAUGGGGCAUACUUCAGUUGACACUUUUAUAUUUAUUUUAUUAGUUUUGCCUGUGGUUCUCUUAAUGUUCUUCCUCUUUCUAACAGGAAUCCUGCAACUUUUACAAUCCCGCACGUCACGCAAGUUUUUGGCAUGUCGGCUAACUCCUGACAUGGAGACCAAGCUUCUCUUCAUGACAUCUCGUGUAUGUAUCUGAGAGGGUUCUUGUUAACCAUACAUAGGAUCAGCUCUGCCAGAUAUAUUACAUUUUCUUAUUAUAUGCCCCAAAUACCAUCUUGUGUAUGUGUUUUUAUAUUAAAGGACCACUAUAGUGCCCUGAGGGUGCCCCCACCCUCAUGGUCCCCCUCCCGCCCAGCUCUGGAAGGGGGAAAAGAGUUAAAUCUUACCUUUUUCCAGCGCUGGGCGGAGAGUUCUCCUCCCUGUCGGCUGAAUGUGCACGCGCGGCAAGACCUGCGCGCGCAUUGAGCCGGUCACAUAGGAAAGCAUUCAUAAUGCUUUCCUAUGGACGCUGGCGUGCUCUCACUGUGAAAAUCACAGUGAGAAGCACGCAAGCACCUCUAGCGGCUGUCAAUUAGCCGCUUGAGAAAAUAGGAGAAGGCUUAACCCAUUAUGAAAAAAUGGGUUAACCCUAGCUGGACCUGGCACCCAGACCACUUCAUUAAGCUGAAGUGGUCUGGGUGCCUAGAGUGGUCCUUUAAUUACACUCUGGGGAAUCUAGAUUAGAUACUGGGUGCUAUUUUUGGUCAGAGGUGUUAGUGGAAGACAUAGGUAUUGGCAAGACACUUUGCAUACUUUAACAAUUAUUUUAAAAUAAAUUUCUCCGUUGCUGAUCCGUGUCCAGCACACCGUUCAGAGCAUCAGGUCCAACUUUGAAAAUAAUUGACAAUUUCCAUUCUCUUCAUUCUGUGCAGCAGUAAUAGCCUUGUAGCUCAACACGUCUCUCCAAUUAUCCCUCCGUGCUGGCCGGGUGAGCACAUGGGCUUACCGUCUAUGCUUCGUAGCAUUUUCAUUGUGUUAGGAAGAAUAGUCUUCUUUAUCUCGAAAGAAAUAAACCGCUCUGGUAGAUCAAUAGUCACCAGGUUCUUGCUCACCUUACCCAGUUGCUGGAGUGGAACCUCUGUGUGUUAUUCUAAUUACCAUUGAACAUUCCUCUGGCUACCCUGUGUAUGAUAUGAAGUGUUCUAGUCUCCUAGGGACAUAAAUGGUCUUAUGGACAAGAACAAAGUCUAUGUAAAGUUUCUAUGUUUCUGUAGCAAAAAGCAUAUAGCACAAAUAUCUCCAGAGCAUAAAGCCAGAAAAAUAGGACUCUUGGUUUGCUCCUUAGGGUUGUGAGCAAGAGAUGAUUGAUGUUUCAGAGGAUGUCAUUUUUCUUGCCUUUUCAGGUGCGGUUUGGGCAGCAGAAAAGAUAUCAAGACUGGUUUCAGCGCCAGUAUCUCUCUACGCCAGAUAGCCAAUCGCUGCGCUGUGACUUGAUUCGUUACAUCUGUGGUGUAGUGCAUCCCUCCAAUGAGGUGCUGAGCUCAGAUAUCCUUCCCCGCUGGGCGAUCAUUGGGUGGCUGCUGACUACCUGUACGGUACGUAUGCCUAAAGUGGCAGCAUUUUCUGACAAAUACUUGGGAACAAAGGGUGGCGAGAGGAAAUUACAUUGUACUUAACUUAAUAUUCUAUUGGUUUUUUAUCUUAGAACACUAUUGGCCUAAGAGAAAUACUCCAUUUAACUCUUAAAUGGAUUAUCUGAGCCCCAUAAUCAUCUGACACUCUGUCAGUGAGUAAUGUCCAAAGCUGGUAUGCUGUGAAAAUUACUUGCACUAUAGCAUAUAAUGACAAACUGGGGAAAGGGGGAGGGGUGACUGUUUUAGAUAGACUACCAUCUAAUUUUGCUUAGAGUAUCCCUUUAAUAAAGUUAGUGACCUGUAAAUAAUCAGCAUUUUUUACAUUAGCUCAGUGAUUGGUAGAGAUAAUUAGUACAGUUAAUACAUUUUCCUCCCCCCACCCCCAAUUCAUGAGAUUUAAAAAUAAUUUCUUGAGAUUUACCGUAUUAAUAGUUGUAGGGAAAGGUGAAAUCUUGUCUAGAAUAUCCCAGAAGGAGAGUCUUUCUGCUCAUUAUUGGAGAUCUUGUUUAUCCUUAAUCCCUGUGAUCUUCCUUCUUUUUCACAGUCAAAUGUCGCAGCUUCUAACGCUAAACUGGCUCUCUUUUAUGACUGGCUCUUCUUCAGCCCUGAAAAAGAUAGCAUCAUGAACAUUGGUAAGUUCACUGACAGGUGUUGUGUGCUGUACCCACUCAGAACGUCUAGAUCAGGCAUAGGCAACCUUCGGCACUCCAGAUGUUUUGGACUACACCUCCCUUGAUGCUUUGCCAGCCUUAUGGGUGUCAGAGCAUUAUGGGGAUCCACAACAUCCCCCAUGUUGUAGUCCACAACAUCUGGAGUGCCAAAGAUUGCCUACCGCUGGUCUAGAUGGUUGGUGUGCAGACUGCAGGAAAAAAUCUCAUUAACUAUAAAGUUAGUCCGUUAUAUUUAGUGACAUGGAUGGCCCUAUAUUUUCACUAUUAUGUUUCGAACAGGUCUUGGUAUAACUAUAUUUACAGUAUAUGAAACUAUGCCUACAUGCAGACGUGUUUACAGUCUGGUCACUGUGUUAGAAAAGUAUUCUACCUGAAAUACCAGCGAUGUUAUUUGUCCUGACCUUGCAGUAAAUGGGUUAAAGCAUAUGAGUGUCUAUGAUUAGUAUCCGAAUGGGUGAAUUUCAUCUGAUGAACUGUAAAACUCCCACCUGAUAACUAAUACUUGGGACAUCAGUGUCCCUUUAAGGAAGAUGUUUUUCAGAUGGGUUAGAUAUGCCGUCUCCCUCCCCUGGGUGAGUGAUUCUCCUAUGUUUGCCCUGUGGUUUAGCCUCGAUGUUUUAUCUCUGCCAGUUCCUUAUCUCUCUCUCCUUCACCUUAUCGGCCGGUGGCUUUCAGAUCAACAUGUUUCCUUCACCCUAGCAUUCUUCCGCUUCUCUGAUGUGUGCUGGCAGGGGAAGUAGACAUUUGAUGGGACAGUGGGAUACUGCACUGUAAGGAUCAGUUUGACAAAUCACCUUAACUAACCCAGAGCAACGCUUGCUUUCACUAGAUGAAAUGACUAUUCAGACGUGCAGCUAAAAAUGAUCUUAUAACCACCAGCUAGUGUUGGUUACCGUCUGGUGGGCUAAAAUGGUAUUAAAUAAAUUGCUAGCUCUGCUGGUCAGUCCUGAUCAGUGCUAUGAAUCUUUGCCAGUAUAAAUGCAGUGUGGUAAACAGUCUGGAUCAAUGAUUGCUGGAUAAUGAGAGCCGCAGGCAGUAUCACACCUUCUCCAGCCAUUUAAUAGCUGAUCCAUAAUUACUUCCCAUUUCAUUGGCACAGCAGUGAGUCUUGCUGACAUCUACCUCAAUAAACACUCUCUGCUGCUCAGAAAAACAUGUUCCUGCCGCUGCCAUAUUCAAUGAGCUAUUAAAAUCUGUGCCGCCCUGCUCCAGUUACUGCUAUCCGUUCAUUUUUUUUCUUUUAGAUUUAUCCCAUAUAAAAAAAAAACAUUAAGGUUCGCCUCUUACUGAAAAUUCUGUAGCAAUAUUUGAGAGUUUGUGUGCAGCAAGAUAUUACAUAAAUUUUUAAUAGGUGGACUGUUUUUUCAUAAUUUUUUUACUACUUUCAUGGAUAUUCACUUAACUCUGAAUUGAAGCGAGUUGAAACAAGAAUGGCAUGUUUUAGGUAAACAAAUUCAAGCUGUGACUGUAGCUUAGUUUGAGUAUUUCUCAGGUCAUCAAUUUCAGCUGAAAUAUUACUAUUUGGAUUCCAGUUUGUUACAGCUCAAGUUUAGUGAAUUGGCCUGUUUGCAAAUGCUUUCUCUGUAGAGACAUUGCUUCUGUAACUACAGAAAUAAAUGUCUGCUCCAAAUAAGCAUUGUAUAAGCUACAUUUUAAGGUAAUAAUUCUGUAUUUAUUUAUUUUUUUUGCAGAGCCUGCCAUCUUAGUAAUGCACCACUCCAUGAAACCUCACCCAGCCAUAACCGCCACACUGUUGGAUUUCAUGUGCCGGGUAAGAGAUCCAUUGCCUUCUUUGUCACUUCUAUAUGGGCAAUGGACAAAGCGUGGGAAUAGAGAAUCAUGGCUUUUUAGAGUACAUUUGUUUAUUAAUUAUUGCAUAGUUACAUAGCUGAAAAGAAACUUGCGUCCAUCAAGUUCAGCCUUCCUCGCAAAUGUUUUUGCUGUUGAUCGAAAAGAAGGCAAAAAAACGGGUCUGAAGCGCUUCCAAUUUUGCCACAAACUAGGAAAAAAUUCCUUCUUGACCCCAAAAUAGCAGUCAGAUGUCUCCUUGGAUCAAGCAGCUAUUACCCCACUAAUUAGAUUAUUGUGUUCCUACUUUGGCUAAAUGACAUAUUUAGAUUUAAAAGAAGACUAUUGCAGUAGGAAUACCCCUCCCACCCACCCACCCACCCACAUUUGCCAAAAUAAAAUUUAAAGUUUUACUUGCCUUCUUCAAGCAACGAGGCUCCCUCAACUUUUCUCCCCUCUCUGCCUCUCACAACGUAAUUGAAGAGGCAUGGCCGCCUGGGCAAUGGUGCAGUCAAAGAGGAGCAUUAGAGACCGGAAGCACAUCUGCAGCAAGUGCUACGUGGAUCUAAGUUUCUCUAUAGGAAAACAUUGUAUUCAAUGCUUUCCAUUGGGCUUCUGUGUUAAGUGACAGGUUUAGUCGGUCAGUGCAGCGGAAGUGCCUCUAGUGGCUGUUUGGAAGACAGCCUUGAGAGGUGGAUGUAACCCUGUAAUGCAGUCUCUAAUAAACAGUAUACAAACAGACCACUGCACCCAGCUCACUUUAUUGAGAUGAAGAGUAUUAAAGCUUCCCUACAUAAAAGCAUUGUAGUCAGUUUGCUAAAUCUACUAUGGAAUUCCGCGGGGUUGACUGAGAAACAUGACAAUGCGGGAGGAGGAUCAUGUCCCACUGAAAGUGCAAUUCAGUUAUAUAAUUGUAACCCAUUUUCUUCUUGGAGCAACUCCCGAUCGCUAACACUUUAGCUUGCUAAAAUGUUUAUGUAUGACGAGUGUGGUUCCUUUUUUUUUAAUUUUUAUUUUUUACUCAAUUUAAAGAAUUGCAGAUUUCAGUAGAAUUUUGCACUUUUAUUAAAUAAACUUGUUUCACCCCCUAUUGUCCAAAGCACCUGCCUUGCACAGACUUCUCAUUGAGCUGCAGGAGAGGGCUGGCAAAGGCUUUGGACAAGAACUGCGUCUUUUGCAAGCUGUUUAUAGAAAAAUAUCCGCCUGUUCUGUAAACUGUCUGUGUCUGCCACAUUGCUCAGUAUAUGUAUUUACAAGGAGACAUUAUGGGGUCUGGACAAUUACACUUGUAUUGGACCUCCUGAUUGUGAGCAGGCUGUUCACCUAAAAUCUUGCACAUUGAACAGCAGAAUGAAAGAAUGGCCACAUUCCUGGUGUCCCAUGUACUGCAGAGAACAGGACUGCUGCAGGUUGUGAGAUUAUUACAACAAGGCCAAAGGUAGAUGUGCUGCUAUUUCUGCGUGUUGAAUAAUACAUUAUCUUUUAAUGAAGCCAUCUGCUUGCCCUGUGCCUGUUUGCGCACCACAGUCUCCCAGGAGAGGCAUUAAGCUCUGAAUGCUGUUUGCGGCUCGGCGGUAGACCAUGAUUAUAAUAUAACUUUAAACAAACAAGUUGCUCCAUAGGUGGCAAUACCCAGCAUGUAGGGGAAAGAGAAUUUGCCAUGUUAGGCCAAAACCUUUUGACCUUCAAACAGGAAAGGACCUGGAAACCUCCACAUUUACUGAAGGGACAAUAUGAUAUACAAGAGGAGGUUACGUAUGGUGGUGUAGCAGCAAGUCAGAAUAGGGAAACUUUAUUACAGUUCUAUGGCUGAUACCCUAACAAAUUAUCUGAUCUUUAGGAAUUACUACUGCAGGCCUGGAUACCCCUGCUGAUCGAAAGUUCUAGGACUCCACCACCUGUCUGUAGGUGUUAGUGUUAUUGGGUCUUGGAGUGCAAGAGGUGUUGAUUCUGAAAUAUUUACUUGAAAGUGUGUGCAUUGUGCUAUUAAAAAAACAAAAAAACAAUUACACAACCUGUAACAUAGCGUAGCUUGUUUAAAUUGGUCUCUGUCAGAACAGCAGAAUCCUGUCAGCAGCACCCCCUGAUCUCUCCCCUGCGCUCAGUCCAGGGAUAGUUAUAACUCUUCUCCCCCCUGCUCUCCCUGGAGACAUUGAGAAAUGCUAAAUAUGUUUCCAAUUUUGGAGUUUAGGUUAUGCUGUCUACCCCCGUGGGACCCCACUGCUCCCCUCCCACUCAGGGUUAUUUGUUUUUUUUAUCCAUUGCAGGUUUUCCACUUUCCAAAUACAUUGAUUUAUUGUUGAAUUUUCCCCAGGGCAUUUAGUUACACGGCACCCCCCUAAGCUAUCCCGGGCCUCCUCCUGGCUGAUAGAAUAUUAUAAAUUCAGAAAGAUAUUCUGUCUUUACAAUAUGGUAUUAACACAAGGUUGCCCUAUGUCUGUGCCGUUCAGCCACACACAGGCAGUUCAAAUAUACAACGUAAAAGGGGAAUCUUACCUGGGAGGUCCCAUGGGGAAGCCAUGCAUUUAAAAGAUACUUUUUUUGUGCUUUUCUACACUCAGCACGUUAUGAUGAUGGUUUGGGAUACAUAUACACAUUGGAAGUUGUUUGGAACAUAUACCCCCCAAACAUUCAUGCAGAAGUUAGGCUUUGUGCAUCCUAUACCCACUUAGAGAGCAUUUGUGCGUUGAAUGUCCCCAAACUCCCACUGAAACAUGUGUGCAUUUCUGUUUUCCCACUGUAAGCUAAGGUCCCAUAUGUGAUAUAUCAGGGUUACUAUUGUGUUUAUUAUCAUUCUAAUUACCACCUCUGCUGAGUGACCAUUUAUCAAAACUACUUCUGCAGCAUCAGUGGUAGCUCUUGGCGACAGAAAGUAGACUCAUUAGUUAUGUAUCUUUCCUCACGGUAACUGGUUGGCUGUACUUACUAUAUAUACAGUACAUUAAGUUUUGUUUAUGACUGUGUAUAAAUGUUUAAUGCAGUGUGUGUGUAAACAUUCUUAAAACAAAAUUAUCUGACAACAAACGAAAAUGAUAGUUUAAAAAUAAACACAGUUUUUGAAAAAGAUCAUCUUUUAUGGCCAUGACUGCAUUGCCUCCUGUGUAGUGACAGAAUAGUAAAUUCACAACCUUAUCUGCUGUUAACCAUGUUGUUUAUGCAUUGCUAAAAUAACCAGGUAUCUAGUUACCCCAAAAGGGCUUCUGAGACACAAUGUAAAUCUUAGUUUCUUUUUUCUCUCCUUUUCAUUAAUGGCAGAUAAUCUCCAACUUUUACCCAACGUUGGAAGGGAAUGUCAGACAGGGGGUUUUCAGCUCCCUUACCCAUAUUAUGGAGAAGAGGGUCUUGGCGUAAGUACUGAGGGGCGUGGGUGGGUCAUUUAGCAUCAAGAUUUUGAGACUAGGAUAGGAAUUUACAUUUUCCACAGGCCACAACAUGUGGGGAGCUAAGUGGGCAGUAUGCAGUUUGUAUCACCUUGGGCCAACCUGGAAGAUUGGUGCCAUUGUUUCAUUUAUCGAAACUCUAGAAAUGUGCCAGUGAAGUCAAAAUAAGUAGAACUUAAUUACCUUUAAAAAAUGUGUAGUGUUUCCUGUUACCAGUCUAUUUUUAUAUACGCAGUCUUGUAAUCUAUAAUCCUAAAAUUUGCCAAAUAAGGAUGAUGGGAAACAGCAUAUUUGCUUUGCUUUCCUAUUCGACCUCUAGUGACAUGUCUUUAAGGCUGAAAUAUAAACUGGGCAAUCGUUCUUCUCACUCUUAUUGAUAUUUAUGUUUUGCAUUAGUUUUGCACUCCAAGAAGGAAACCAGUUUAAAUCGAACAUGUUAUUAUAUUAUUGCGAUUGUCUCAGAUGUAUUGUUACACAAGCAAGAUGGCUGUAACAAGCAACCUUAUUAGUAUUUUAAUAUGACGUACCACAUCAAUGGAGUAAACCAUUAUCAGGGUAUCACUAACGGACCAGUUGUCAGGCGUUUAAAGUGAAUUCUGAAAUACAGGGCAAAAUAGUCAAAUUGGAAAAAUUCUUCAUGUCAGUUUGGUUCUUUGGUCUAAAAUUUGCUUUAAAUUUUUAGAAAAUAAACCUGAUUGUUUUCUUUCUCUCUCUAUCUUUAUACCACCAAACCUUCAGAUAAUGCUUAGGGAAUCACUCACCCAUAACUUAUGUUAUGGGUGAGUGAUUCCCUGAACAUUAUAUGAUAAACUAAAUGACAAUUUAAUGCCAAGUUAGGAAAGGGGGGGGGGGGGACAAAAAAUGAAGAUUGGCAGUCUUAUCGUUUGCAAUUAUUCCUACACAAUUUCUGAUUUCACAAAUCCCGGGUUUCAGUCCCAUGGAGACACAAUUGUCUUUACUUGUACAGUCAUUAGACUGCUAGGAGUGGAUGGUAAUUACAGUGUUGAGUGGCGGUAUUUUUCCUAUCUUAACAUUGAGUGGAAGUGUAGUUUUAGGUCUGGCUGUGAUGUCGACAUGAAGGCACCGAAUGGUCAGUGAAUGACAUGGCCCACACAUGUUAAGCACCCCUAGAAUUCUGUUUAGAGAGUAACAUUUUUUUUAUAUGCCCAUAGUAGUGGUGUAGUAGUUGCUCUCUUUGUCCACCAAGGCAUGUGGUUUCUGUGCUUUGGUUCCCUCCACUUCUUAACAUUCCUUAACACUGACUGCCCUCUUUAGGCACCUGGCUCCCCUGUUUCACAAUCCCAAACUGGACAAGGAGUUGAGGUCAAUGCUUAGAGAGAAAUUUCCUGAGUUCUGCAGCCUCCCAUCUCCUGCCUCAGAAAGUAAGGGCAGCACGUGAGUAUGUAGUCUGUCUCCUCCUGUCAUACUAUUGCUUUUUUAGUACUAUAUGACCAUUGCCAAUGCUCACUCAGUGCCCGAAACUCACUUUAUGCCUAUUUUGUCUCCUUUUUUUGCCAGCCCCCCUUGCCCUUAGUGCCUUUUAUUUCUUGCCCCUCCAUGCCUUCUCUUUCAUUCUGUAUCUCUGUCUGCACAUCAUCCCUUCACUAGUCUUCCUUCCGCUCUACCCUUUUUACUCUCUGGCCCCUCUCCCUACCCUUUGUAAUUUCUCUUGUCUAGGGAUAAUUUCUACUUCUCUCAUUGCUGGAAUAGAUCCAGUUACAGUUUCAGUAAUAGAAGGUUGUUGGAUUACAUGACCUGUUGUGGUGUUUUCCUUAUUGGGGACUAUAUUAGAGAUUCUUUUUCUGUUUAUAGUAAAAACCGAGGAACCAGUCUCUAUGGAAAUGGAAAACAACUUGGUGGACAAGGAUGACGCCUGCUAUGAUAAUUCAGAGGCUGCAUUCAGUGAUGAUGACGAGGAGAUAAACAACAAAGGUGCAGAAAAAGGCGAGGAAAAAAACAUAUUAUUUUGUUGUGGUCAUCUUCUCUUCCUGUCUUAAUCCAUUGCCGUACCAGGCACAGUCCCUACACUAAUCAGCCAUUCUACCAUAAUCUGUCCCUCCACGGAUCUACCAUGUUCUGUCCCUCCACGGAUCUACCAUGUUCUGUCCCUCCACGGAUCUACCAUGUUCUGUCCCUCCACGGAUCUACCAUGUUCUGUCCCUCCACGGAUCACCCACACAACCAUGUGCUUGUAAUUAUGUAUACACUAUCAUGCUCUUUUCCUGCAUUGAUCUACCAUGCAGUGCUGUUGUUGCCAUGCUUUGUUAUUUAUUCAUGAAGACAGCACUCUACCACACUGUUAAUAAUGCACUUAUUCCACACAUGCAACCAUGUAGAGUGCAACUUACAUAGUAACUCUAUGAACUACACCUCAAUCUGUAUGUCCUCCACCACUAGGGAAGAAAAGGGAAUUCCGGUUCCACCCAAUAAAGGAGCCGAUCAUGGAGGAGCCAGUUGACAUCACUCCAUAUUUGGACCAGCUGGACGAACCUCUUAAGGAUAAGGUCAUGUCUCUACAGAAAGAAAGGUCUGUUCCCCAGACAUCUCCAGUUACAAAGUGAAUAAUAUGUAGACACUAUUAUUAUUUAUAUAGCGCCAGCAAAUUCCGUAGCGCUGUAAAAUGGGUGGUCUAACAGACACGUAAUUGUAACCAGACAAGUUGAACUCACAGGAACAGAGGGAUUGAGGGCCCUGCUCAAUGAGCUUACAUGCUAGAGGGAGUGGGGUAUCGUGACACAAAGGGUAAAAGUAGGGGUAACAAAGUAGGUUGUUAGAAAUGUAUUCACUGAGGAAUUAGUAGGUUCUUUUUAACAGCUGCAGGAGAGGAAAAGCUGUUAACAGUUUAAUUGAUAUGCAAUCCUGAAGAAGUGCAUUUUCAAUAAUUUCUGAAAGAGUGGAGACCGGGUGAAAGUCUAAUGGAGAAGGGAAGGGAGCUCCACAGUAAAGGUGCAGCCCUGGAGAUUAUUUUUAAUUUACUGUACAAUCAAAUCAUUAAAGGGACACUAUAGUCACCUGAACAACCACAGCUUAAUGUAUAGUAUAGUCAGUCCCUGCAGCCUUUUCAGAUAAAAGGCAGUGUUUACAUUACAGCCUAGGGCAGUCACUCAGAUUUACACUAGAGGUGCUUCCUGGGUCAGUGCUGCAAAACAUUUUGCAUGGAGGCGCUAACCUUUCCCCGUAGAGAUGUAUUGAGUCAUUGCAUCUCUGAGGAGAUGCUGAUUGGUGCAGUGCAUGCACGAUAGUCUCCCUUUGCUUUCCUAUGGAAAGCAUUGGAUUGGUUGAGAUCAUAAGUUCUGAUUAUCUCAACCAAGGAGGCGGACCAGGGGCAUAGCCAGCCCGGUGGACACAUCCGGCUCUGGAAAAAAAAAGGUAAGUUUUAUACUUAUUUAAGGGGGGAAACCCCCCCCCCCCCCAAGAUGGUUGUUUUUUGGGGGGGUUUUGUGUUUGAAUUCCUGACCCUGUAGUGUUCCUUUAAGGUCCACCAACAUUUCAAGAUAAGACAGCUAAUUUCUAGGAGAUAAGCUGUCUUUUGUAUUAAUACUAACUGUGAGGAUGUUACUCUCACAUCUCUGUAUACAUAACACAUAACAUGCACAUAUAAACCUACAAUUGAUGGCUGGUUAAUUUUGAACGUGUGUGAGCGUGCUGUUGUAACACGGCAUCUGUUUUUCAGUGAUAUGGAGGCGCAGUGUGAGGUCAUGCAGGACAUAGUAGAGCAAAUCCUCGAGGUGAGUCUAUGAGAUGGAUAUCUGUUGUGACACAGAACACUGAUUUAUAAAAUUUGAAUUUCUGCUUAAUAGAAAACCAUGCAUACAGUGAAUCAUCCCUUUUAUUUUAUGGUCUCCCCGACUCUCUUGGUCUCCCCAGACUCUAGACUGUUCUUUGUCUCACUAUCUUUUAUUCUCUCCCUUUGCUUCCUCAGGCUCUCAUUAUGUCUCAGUCUUCUCUCUUGCCUGCUUUGUGUCAUCAGUAUUGCUUUCAUUGCAUUCCAUCUAUCUCGUUCGUGCUGCCUUGCGUUGCCCCAUGUUUUCUACUCACAUUGCCUUGUGUCAAUAAUUCUUGCAUUGUCUCACAUCGGUCGCUUUCUUGUUUCCACACAUCUCCCUUGCUCUCUUUCCCUCGCAUUUCUUUUGCCUGGCCAUCUCUUCUAAUGGUUGACACUCGGUCACCCCUGACUUUGUCAUCCUUUUGAUUUCAGGAUGAAUUUGACACUGAGCAGUUAUCAGUCCUCGCAUCUUGCCUUCAGGAGUUAUUUAAAGCACACUUCCGAGGAGAGGUCCUUCCUGAAGAGAUUACAGAAGAGUAUGUUUAAAGCAGUCUUUUAUUUUCUUUUCUCCCUUUCCCCAUAUACAUAAGCAUUGUUCACUUCUGUUCAUAUGCCAAGCUUUAUUCUAGACAUAUCCAUAAUCUGCUUCCAUUAAUAUCUGUGGCCUGGGUCCAGCCAAAAGUAUAAUUUGGUUCCAUUCACAUGUGUGGCUUGGUUCCGGGCAUAAACAUUAAUCUGCUUCCGUUCCUAUAAGAAAUCUAAUUCCCCUAAAACAGAGGGCUGCCAGGAAUCUGCUAGAAUGUAUAGCCCCUGCAGAUACUAUAUGACUGAGACACUACUUUUUUAAAGAACUCCUGUGUAAUAUAUAUUUCUAGAUCUUUCUGGUUACAAAUCACAACAUUCUCACUUAAAGAAGGGUACAUGGCACAACACCUAAGUGACACAUGGCUGCAUGUUUUAAUUCCUCACCAUUUGAAAAUAAAGAUCUUGGAAUUUGUGUAUAGAUGAUUCACCAUUUGGAGAUAAAGAUCUUUGUAUACAUGACUGAGAGACUUGUAAGGUGUUGAGUUGCCCCAAAAAUGCACACCGAGAUUAUUUUAUGGUUUGUGGUUUACGUUUUGAUAUACUGUACUGAGGUGCCAGCACUCCCCCUGUUGUUACUUUGCUCUAUUACACUCACAUUUGAGAUAAACUGAUCUUUUGGGAAUCUUUUCUCCUCGGUUUGACAGGUCCUUGGAAGAAUCGGUUGGCAAGCCCCUUUACUUGAUAUUUCGGUAUGUAUGGUUUCCAGGUCCAAUAAAUAAUGUAUUCUGUAUUGGAGUGUUUUUGUUUUUUGUUUUGUUUUUUACAUCUUUUUGAAUGUCCUGUUACAUUCCAACAUAUACUGUACAUUUUUUACUAGCUUAGCAUUCUCUGAUAUGUUAAACAAUAUAUUUAGUAGUGCUAAUGUUAUUCCACACUUUAAGAAAUAAAUGACAUUUCUUCUUUACUUUCUCAGGAACUUGAUCCAAAUGCAGGAGGAUAAUAGUGGAUUCUCACUGCUCUUGGACCUGCUUUCUGAGCUCUAUCAAAAACAGCCCAAAAUUGGUUACCACCUACUGUAUUAUCUGAAAGCCAGGUAAGGAGCAGAACGUUCUGGGGUCCAAUUUCUAAGUCACCUAUAGGCCAUGUGAGAAGUGUGACUAACUAGGCUCUCAUCACUAAAUCACCUGAAGGAUUUUGGCCCCCUUUCUAUGUAAUCUGAAAACAAUAUUAGAAAGGGACAAACUAGGAUCCAAUUUAUAUCGCCAAUCUAUAUCGAUACAAAGAGUUUUGCUUAUGUUUUCCCAGUCAAUCAAAUGAGAAAAGGUUAGUCCAGGUCAUUUCUAACACACCUCAAAGAGAGGUGAUAUUGAUUUGGGUACACUAGACUAGGAUGCUUUUAAUUAUUCUUAUAGCGUGUAUAUAAUUUCUGUAAGGCCUGCAGUACUAAAAUAAACCUAUAGAGGGUCCUCUGCACCAGUGAUCUGUGAUACUGGAAGGUCAGUUUGGGGUUGCCAUGUGCCAUCCACCAGCACGUUGAGCAGUGUUCCAUGUUCCAAAGUUUUAAUGCCUUUUCCUCAUUAACGCUCUUAUCCUAUCCUAAUGACGUCCAGUCGCUGCUUUCUCCGUCCGGUCUAUUCAUUACUGGUAAUUAAUUAAAAAUCUAGGCUGUGUCUUCCCCUCUUUCCUUUGUUUCACUUUAACCCUUGAGCUGGACUGGCUCUUUAUAACAUCUCAGACCUGAUUGUGAUGAAUAAAUUUGUGGAUAGCAUUGUAAAUAAGGACAGAUUUUGACUGAGGGCUAGCAUGUGGGCAUGUUUAGGAUACUGUGAUUUUAAAAGCUCCUUAAGAUUGAGUGCAGGUCUGUGAAUGUGGGCCUCAUUUUAUAUCCUUUUGAAUGGUAGAUUGACUGGCUAAGUAUAUUACUACUUCUAAGAGAAUAUAAAACUUGGACCUAUCUGAUUUAUACUCAGUCAUAUUUAAAACCCCAUUGCAUCCUGUCUUUCUUCAUCUCCCUUUAUAUUUUUCUCACCCUGUACCCUUUCUUUUUCCUCGUGCACUGUUCUUGCCUGUUUGCCUUUUCUCCAAGCUCACUUUUCUCUUUCUUCAUUUAUUCUGUUCUAAUUUGGAUAUAUCUGUCCCCUGUGCCUCCCCCGUACCCUCUUCUAGUCGUCCUCCUCCUCUCCCUGUGUUAUCUCUGCUUGUCCAUAUCCCUUCUGCACUCUUUCCUUGUGUGUCCCCCUUUGCCCCAUCAUUGAUCCUUCUCUCUCACCUAGUUCUAGUCUAUUUCUCUACUGCCCCUGUUCUGAACAUUUUCCCUUGUAAAACCUGCACCUCGUCUUGACAGUCUCCUUCACUUCCCCGGUACCCUGUCCUGAACAGUCUCCCUCUCUCACCAUUUCUAGUAAGGCAGCAUCUGGAAAGAUGAAUUUAUAUGAAUCCUUUGCUCAGGCCACUCAACUCGGGGACCUCCACACGUGUUUAAUGAUGGACAUGAAGGCCUGUCAGGAAGAUGACGUCAGGCUUCUGUGUUAUCUGACACCAUCUAUAUACAGUGAGGUGAGACAGACUCCCAUAGAUACAGCUAAAUAAUACAUCCUUUACUCAUAAAGGCUGGUGAGGCUCCCUCUACACACAUCCAGUCUACUAAGCUUAUAAUACGAAUGUUCUUUUCUCUGACAUACUCUCCCCUGUCAGUUCCCAGAUGAGACUCUCCGAAGUGGCGAGCUGCUCAAUAUGAUUGUUGCAGUUAUCGAUUCUGCACAGGUAGGAAACCUCAUAAACUAAAACCCAAUAUGCAAAUAGCUGCAUACGGUAGCCUCUAAAUGAUGUGUGUCCCUUCUCAGUUGCAGGAGUUAGUGUGUCACGUCAUGAUGGGUAACCUGGUGAUGUUCCGAAAAGACUCUGUGCUAAAUAUCCUGAGUGAGUACUUAUGUCUAGUUAGAUUAUGUCUCUAGGGCUCUUUUCACCUGUCUUUGCCUGUCUCCUCUCCGUGAAGUACGCCUGUUCCUGAUUUAAGGGCUACUCCAAACACCAUGACCACUUCUGCUUUUAGAAAUUGUCAUGAUGGAGGAUUCUUUAUGUGAAGCCUUUUUGUUUAAAAUGCUACAUGUGUAACGAUAUUUCCCUAUUUGUACUAGAAGCUAGUUACAGCCACAACUUAAGAGCUCCGGACUGCCUAGUGUGAAUUCUGUGCACAAAAUGUCUGUCAUCAGGGCGCUGGUGACAAACUUAAUUGGCUUGUGCAGCCUGCAAGGGCAAUACAUGAACCCCACUCCCUUAGUGUAUCCUGCAUUGCCAUUAGAUUUUUUUUUACUUUAAAUGCACUCUCUCCCACCUUCUCUUUCUAUCUCAGUGUGUGCAUGCGCUUUGAGUAGGUGAAACCGUCCAGUGUAAUCACUCUGCUCAACAUCUUUGAAAUAUCAUGUUUGAAUCCUCAAAGCAUUGUUGACAAUAUAGAUUUCCUGUUCCCAUUUCUCUGGGCUCUGCUGUUAUAAUCAAGAUUCAGGACUAAAUACAAUUAGUGCUAAGUUUUGCCCUGCCAGGACUUUUCAUUGUGACCGCAGCUUGGGUUCAUAGCUGUAAAUCUCAGGCACAGCAUUCUGGGAGGGUCAUAGAAAUUUGAUUUUACUUUACUGAGAGAGCGAGAGUGUACUAGCUUUUAAAGGACACCUUCCUUAAAGGGACACCCCACCCUCUCCUCCCCCCGGGAUAAAUAAGGGAGAGACUUCGGCACUGGGUCAACGCUCAGCACCCUUCAAUGUUCCGCGAUGAUCAAUGCCUACCUAUGGGGAAAAACUCUGACGCUGGAUGUCCUCAUACAAAGCGUGAGGACGUCGAGCUUCAGUUACCGGACCAAAGGUCUAUUUCGAUCCAGGAAGCGCCCCCAGUGGCUGACUUGUAGAUAGCCACUGGGGGGCAGAUUUAAAUCUGCAUUGUAAACAUUGCAUUUUCUUUGGAACUGCAAUGUUUACCAUUGCAGUACUAAGUGCAAAAGGGGACACUGCACCCAGUCCACUUCAAUCAGCUAAAGUGGUCUGGGUGCCUAUAGUGUCCCUUUAAUAAAAGCCCACGGUGCAAUAAAUGCCUGAUUAGUGCUAUUGAUUACUAUUAGUAAGUCAAUUUAUCUGGUAAAGUGUAAGAAUGUUUCUAUUUCAUUUUCAUUUUGAAUUAUGAGUCUGGUUUGUUGGGGAUGCACUGUGUGGUGGGCAUGGACACAAUCUGUGGGUUACCAACUGAAAUGUAAAUCGGGACAGAUUAACGGGUGGAAUGUGGAACGUCCAUGAGUUAACAUUCACCUCCUCUUCUUUUCCAAACAGUUCAAAGUUUGGAUUGGGAAACGUUUGAGCAAUACUGCACCUGGCAGCUCUUCCUUGCACAUAAUAUUCCUCUGGAGACAAUCAUUCCCAUCUUACAGCACCUCAAAUACAAAGGUGGGUUUUUUUUUUUUUUCCACUUCGAGUUCUCCUUUCAGGAUUAUAGAGCUCUGUGUUUAAUCUGUUUGUUAUCCUGUUCCCACAGAACACCCGGAGGCCCUCUCCUGCCUUCUUCUGCAGCUCCGUAGAGAAAAGUAAGUAGCACUGUGCUCAAUGAAUCAGAAUAAUAUGUUAGCUGUGUCACUAGGGGACAGGUUGAACCAUAUAUAGCUGUAACCCUCUGGAGUAAUAAGGAGGGCAACAGUGCUUCUCUAUGGGGCAAUAAUAUAGCUAUAUUAUGCUAGAGACAAUAAGAGAUUGAUGCCGUUGUAGAGAAGUGUAUGUAUUCUCCAGGAGUAGAGUAUGAAUUCUACGUAUCCAGAUAAUUUAUUAAACUCUGGAGAUGUUCAGAUCCAAACAGGAAAGGCUUGUUAGUGAUCCGGCAGCUGCUGUUAAUUAUUGCUGUGCUAAUUUGUAUGUCUGGAUGGUGCUUGUGAGUGGAACGGAUGGAUGGAGAAGCGCAGAGGAGGCUGAGAGAUGCCUUUCAAUCUCCGCUGCCCUAAUCAGCAAUUAGCAGGCGUUCUUAUCUUCUUCAGAGUUCUUUGUGUGUCGUUUGCUCUAGCGGGAACUUGUAAUAAAUUCUAUAAUUCAUGUGGAGAGAGGACAUUUAAAUUAGAGGGGCAAAGGUUUAAAAAUAAUAUCAGGAAGUAUUACUUUACAGAGAGGGUAGUGGAUGCAUGGAAUAGCCUUCCAGCUGAAGUGGUAGAGGUUAACACAGUAAAGGAGUUUAAGCAUGCGUGGGAUAGGCAUAAGGCUAUCCUAACUAUAAGAUAAGGCCAGGGACUAAUGGAAGUAUUUAGAAAAUUGGGCAGACUAGAUUGGCUGAAUGGUUCUUAUCUGCCGACACACUAUGUUUCUACAGUGAGAUUAGUGCUCUGCUAGCACUGCAUAUCACUAUGUACUAAACCCAGUCCCAGGCCUGAAAGUAACUCGUCACUGUGAACCUCUAAUGUGAUAUCUGAGCACACACAGCAAAUCUCCUUUAACUUGAAGGCUGAUUUAAGUCAGUCACAAUGAAGUUAGGGUACCAAUAUUUUCUUUUUACUAUAUUGUGAUUAGCACAUAUCUUUAAAAAAUAUAUGUCCUUGCACAUCUACAUGUAUAUGGAGGAGAGAGACACUUGCUCAUGAUCUCUCCCCCAUAACUCUGGCAGCAUACCUGCAAGCAGUGUGAUGCUAAAUUUGAAGUAUUCCCUGCACCAGUCCCUGAGCUGGAAUUAGGGCUUGUAAUUGAUUUCAGGCUCUGCUAGCUCCCAUUUAUUGUAUGCAAAGAGCCAGGCUCUGCUAGCUCUCAUUUAUUGUAUGCAGGGAGCCAGGCUCUGCUAGCUCUCAUUUAUCGUAUGCAAAGAGCCAGGCUCUGCUAGCUCUCAUUUAUUGUAUGCAAAGAGCCAGGCUCUGCUAGCUCUCAUUUAUUGUAUGCAAAGAGCCAGGCUCUGCUAGCUCUCAUUUAUUGUAUGCAAAGAGCCAGGCUCUGCUAGCUCUCAUUUAUUGUAUGCAGAGAGCCAGGCUCUGCUAGCUCUCAUUUAUUGUAUGCAGAGAACCAGGCCCUGCUAGCUCUCAUUUAUUGUAUGCAAAGAGCCAGGCUCUGCUAGCUCUCAUUUAUUGUAUGCAAAGAGCCAGGCUCUGCUAGCUCUCAUUUAUUGUAUGCAGAGUGCCAGGCUCUGCUAGCGCUCAUUUAUUGUAUGCAGAGAGCCAGGCUCUGCUAGCGCUCAUUUAUUGUAUGCAAAGAGCCAGGCUCUGCUAGCUCUCAUUUAUUGUAUGCAGAGAGCCAGGCUCUGCUAGCUCUCAUUUAUUGUAUGCAGAGAGCCAGGCUCUGCUAGCCCUCAUUUAUUGUAUGCAGAGAGCCACGCUCUGCUAGCCCUCAUUUAUUGUAUGCAGAGAACCAGGCUCUGCUAGCUCUCAUUUAUUGUAUGCAGGGAGCCAGGCUCUGCUAGCUCUCAUUUAUUGUAUGCAGAGAGCCAGGCUCUGCUAGCUCUCAUUUAUUGUAUGCAGAGAGCCAGGCUCUGCUAGCCCUCAUUUAUUGUAUGCAGAGAGCCACGCUCUGCUAGCCCUCAUUUAUUGUAUGCAGAGAGCCAGGCUCUGCUAGCUCUCAUUUAUUGUAUGCAGGGAGCCAGGCUCUGCUAGCUCUCAUUUAUUGUAUGCAGGGAGCCAGGCUCUGCUAGCAGUGCCUUACUUUAUACAGAGAAUCAUGCUUUUCUAGUACUGUUUCCGUUGUGUUUAAGAUACGAUCUAAGACUUGCUUUCUGUAAUAUCCUGUGACAAGCUCCCUUAUCUGCCCAACAGAUAGCUCCCUGUGCCUCCAUCAGUUAUCGGCAGAGUAUAUGGAACUGAUAGCCGCUGAUCCUGGCGAGGGUGAAGUGGGGGUUAUUUAUUUCUGGUGUCGAUUUUAUGGUUUCGGUAGUUGCGAGUCUGCAGUUUAAUCUAGUCAUUCCUCCUCUUAUUUGUUCACCGGGCUCUUUUCUCCGUCAGACCCAGCGAGGAGAUGGUGAAGAUGGUUCUCAGCCGUCCUUGCCAUCCGGAUGACCACUUUACUACCAGUAUCCUACGCCACUGGUGCCUGAAACACGAUGAUAACCUGGCUGAGAACAUCAAGUCUUUACUAAUCAAGAAUAACAGCCUACCGCGCAAACGCCAAAGGUAUGGGUUACAUGAACAAGGCUAGCCAGGCCCACAAUUUUUCAAAUAACUUAGAUUUUAGACACAUUAAGUUUAAUUGUAGUUUUCUGAUGGUAGCGCUUGAAGCUUCAUUAUGCAAAAGUUGAUGAUUGGCAAUAAGCAUCCCAGAGCUCUUUAGCCAUUGACACUGUUUAAAUAUUGACAAUAGCACAGGGACCCUCACUGAACUUUUUUCAUCUAAUCCUGUUGUAUAAUGUUACGCUGUAAAGUGAUUCUUAGCUCCUCCUGCUGGCCACAACAGAUAAAACAGGCCAGUCCAAUCUGUGCUUUUCGCAUGUAAUUCAGCUGUGAUUUAGAUAUUUUUUUGUUACUAGCAGACCAUUUUGCUAGUAACUGAAACACAAAUUAUCAGACUGGAGACACUCAAACACUGAACAAUUAUUUAUUUAUAUAUAUAUAUAAUUGUAACAACUCAUUAAGAGUUAAUAGGUCUGAAACAAGUCACACACACACAUUAUAUAUAUAUAUAUUUAUAUCUAUCACACACACUAUCUAUAUAUAUAUAUAUAUAUAUAUAUACACACACACACACACACACACACACACACACACACACACACACACACACACACACACACACACACACAUCGGGAGAAGUCAACCUUCCACAUCUACUUCACAUAGAUCGGGAGAAGUCAACCUUCCGUAUUCCAAAUGCUGUUGACAACAUCUCCCACAGUGCUCUUACAGCCAUAAUGUAGUCCACAACAUAUGGAGUGCCAAAGGUUGCCUUGUCCUGACAUUGAUGCAUUUACAGUAUCUUGGUUUGGAUAAAGCAUUGUAUCUCUCCUUUACACAGCCUCAGGAGUUCCAGCAGUAAACUUGCACAGCUAACACUGGAGCAGAUUCUAGAACAUUUGGAUAAUCUCAGACUUAAUCUCUCCAACAUCAAGCAAAACUGUGAGUAUCUUCUGCCAAUUCACUACUGUUCUAUAAAGGAAACAUUAUCCGUUUUCAAUGACCCACCCUUUGGAUAACAUAAAGCUUUGUCUUGUAUAUACCAUGCACGCUACCUGUAUGGAACAUUACUUUGCUGUGAUGACUUAAUGUUUGUUUUUAUCAGUUUUCAGCCAAACCCCCAUUUUACAGGCCCUUCAACAUGUCCAAGCGAGCUGUGACGAGGCUCAUAAAAUGAAGUAAGUAAAACAAAAAAAAUAGUGUUUUGUUGUCUUUCUCCGUUGGACUAAUUAAUCAUAGUUACCACCGAAUUUUGGCAAAAAUGGGCAAAUUAGAAGAAAGAAAUAUAUUAAACAUCCCUCAUUGUGUAACAAAUAUUUUAGCUAAACAUUAUUACGCUAUUUGAAUUUCCUUGUUCUUUCCCUUUGUUCUACGUGUUGUGGUUUUCCUCCUAUUGAGAUCUGUCUCAUCGAUUGGGUCUACUUUCUCCCUUACCGUUUGUGAACCCAAUGCCAGUUAUUUAGGCUCCGGUCCAUGUGAGUUUGCUACCAUAUUGGGCUUAUUAUUUUUCACAGUAUUAGUUUUUUUUCUGCACCAUAUGUUUUUGGUUUUAUUAUUUUUCCAGGUCUAUAACGAUAACUGAUGGAACCUUUUUAUGAGUUUAAGUAUAUUGUGAGUGCAGCCCAUAUUGUGAUGGUUCUUGUAUAUAUUUAUUACACGAGUGAUGUAUUGUGCAAGGGAAACACCUUGCACAUUUCUAACAUAGUGGGUAUUUCUUGGUUUAAAUUGGAAGAAAUGGGCUGAGACAAUGACCUAAAGCAGUAUUGUAUUUGAAAGAUUUGAAACAAAUGGACAAUCUUGAGCCUUGAAACUCUCAUGGGCACAGGUUUCAUACAAAUCCCUUUAUAUCAUAACAUGCCUGGCAUGUCAUUUACCUUGAAAUGUUAAUAGCCUGGAUGGAUGCUUUUCAUUUAUUUAAUGUCCAUAUCUCUGUUUUGGUUGCUUGCAGGUUCAGUGAUCUCUUCUCCUUAGCGGAGGAGUAUGAAGAUUCAACAAAGCCCCCCAAGAGUCGACGGAAAGGUCCAAUGACAAGCCCUCGAAGUAGAAAGAAUGCAGCACAACCCAUGAACACAGAGGAAGAGUCUGGAUCAAGCAGUGCAUCGGUAAGCAACACUCGCACUGUGCGACAGUGGCUGGGUGCUCAUGGCGUAGUGUAGACAAGCAGUGUGCUGCGUUCGCAAACCUGGUAAAUUCAUCUCUCUUUAUUCGCAGGAGGAGGAAGACACAAAGCCAAAACCUUGCAAAAGGAAACGUAAAGGAUCGGCAGCAGUGGGAUCUGAUAGCGAUUAAUUAGAUCUGCAAUGAACGCUGCAAGCUCUGCAGAGCUGAAGGGUAGCUGAUCGGAUCACAGGGGCCCUUCUUGCUUCUGAUUUUUUUUUUUAUCCAGGCGAAUGGACCAACCGUGAUGUGGAUUUAUGUUUUCGAAGGACCUUUAGACAAUAAAGUAGCACUCGACCACUCUUCCAGGAAUUCUGCAGUGGCAGAUUUUAUCUGAGUUAGAGCCACUCACAUUCUCUCCAACGGUCACACUUUUUUGGGGCUGGACCCAAGCCGAGCAGAGACGUAUUCAGCCCCUUCCUGCAUCAUCUGGGUGAAGAAUGGGACUUUUAUAUGAAAAGUCUCUUAUUUUCUUACUGAACUGUAAAUAAACUCCUCGUAAGCAGGAUCCACUGCAUACUACUGCUAAAAUUGACUUUUUUUAAAAAAAAAUAAAUAAAAAAGAAAAGAAAACUAAACUAUUUUAAAACACAAUAAAACGUUUUCUUUGUUCCCUGGCUUUUCAGCCAUCUGUACAUUGUGCAUGUCUUAUGGUUCUCUGCUUUAUUUGAAAAGACAGUCCUCCUCUGCUGCAUUGCAUAUGGUAACACCACAGAAAAUUUAUCCCAACCACAUCUGGAUUUAGGGUUUAGGUGUGCAGACAGCCCCAGACACCAUGUUACGUUUCCGUGAUAUAUAUAUAUAUACACAACCCUAAAGUACAAUGUAAAAAUCCCACUGAAUGUGGAAAUCUUGUCAAAAUGCUAUAGAACAUAUAAUAACCAGUCUAUUAGUGUUAUCUUUCCUUCAAAAUGAUUACAGGAAAGUUCUAACAUUUAAAGAAAUACUAUAAGCACCAUAACCACUACAGAACUCCAGGCUCGUGAUAGAGUUUCCAGCUGCCCAGGUGGAGGUGACUGAUGCUCAGCUGAUCCCACGUAUGUUUGGUUUGACUACCUAGUCUGGGAGGAUAUACUGUAGUUAUGGUACUUGGAG